CUCCUGGAGUUUUCUAAUUCUGUCUAGUGAUGGGUCAAUCCCAGUUUUUGGUUUUCAACCUUGACAAGAGCCCAAACACCAAAAUGAACUGUCUGUGUACUGAUAUCAUUUGAAACUUUCAAACCCAGGAAGCAUUGGAAGCUCACACUUUUACUGGAACUGGGGAGAAGGGAGAGGGAAAUGAUGGAAAAAGGUUAAUGAGUCCAUUUUGUCUUGGAAGAAAUAGGAAACGCAGCAGCCCUGGAGGAGCCACAGGGGCCCAGGUACAGAAGAGAGUGCGCCAGGCUUGGCUCUGCGGGGUGCUUCUCCGGGCAUCUGCCCGGGAGUCCUGACGUCCUUGCUGCUGGAGAAGAGGGCUUGCUCUGGAGCUGGUGGCAUUGGAGCAGUGAGGCGAGAUUGCAGGCACUAGGCAUGGCCAGAGCUGGGAGGGCUUUGUGCAUUUGUUUUCAAAUAAAAGCAGUAAGACAAAAGGCUCUGGGCUGUUCAGAGCCUCCCACCACGAGUCCCCUCGGCUGGGAAAGGACUAGCUGCCGGAGGCCACGGACACUAGCCCAACCUGGCCGAGGCCUCACUACCCACCUGUGUUUGGCUUUGUUUGUGUGGGAAGUGGCGGUUGGACCCGGUGGUCUCUGGUGCUUUGUGGGGGUGCCUCACCAGCUGCAGGGCAGGGCUCCAGGCCGCAGAGCCUGCGAUCUCCCCAGGAAUGCUGCAGGCAUGGGCUUCCAGGGAUGCUGGUGAGCAGAGCCCGGGGUUGGCCUCUUGGGGCAGGCCUGGUGUCUGUGAGCCCUGAGUGGCAAGGACGUGAGCCGGCCCUGCACCCCUCUGCUCUCCUGUCCCCGAUGUCCCCCACCCACUUCCCGCUGGGGGUCUGGAGGCUCCGCAGGGGGCUGACGGCCUCCCGGGGACCCCUCCUGCCUUCUCACACCAGGGGCUUCUCUGCUCCUCUUUCCUGGCGCGCAGCGUCCUGCUUUCUGGUCGCUUUCAUCGCGUUGGGGGGUGUUCCCUUCACAUUCUCAGGUGGAAGUGUUUAAGGCCGGUCCCACAGCCACCCCUCUGGAUCUCCCCACCCCAGCGCGGUGCCCCCUGCAAAUGGGGCCCACAUGUACAGCCAGGCAGGAUGAGACAGGCCCCGCCUGCCAAGAAUGUGGCGCGGCCUCCCUGGCGCGGGGCGUGGAAGGGAGCCGUGGGCGCAGGGCAGCGUCCUCUGCCUCCUCGGAGUGGGAGACUCCACGGGCCGCCAGAUGCUGGGAGGGCACUGGGAAGCCGGAGCUGGGAGGGGAAUGUGGGUGGGGCGGGGGAUCCCUGCGGGGGCGUCCUGUCCUGUCCCGGGGGCUGCAGGAGGGGUCCCACCACAGUGGUCUCACCCGCGCCCAAAUAGAGGUGGUGUCACCCAGGGCUUGCUGGGGAACAUGGAGCUUGGGCUCCCUGGGACACCACGGAAGGCCCACGAGCCUCAGUCCUUAGCCAGGCUGGGCACCGCCUUUCCUUCCUCACUCCUGCUUGGCUUUCUCUUGAGAUGGGUUUAGAAAUGUGCAGCCUUGAGAACGCUUCAUGUUCACUUCCCUUUGGCCUCAUGACAACCGCAGAGAUUGAGUGCGCCCCCCACGCUGGAGCCUCGGCGGUUAAAGUGGUCCCUGAGUGGCGAUGCCGGGUGGGCCUGGGGCCCGCCUGGUCCCCUGUGUGGUUCCUCGCUUACGUCCCUCUCCUCAGUGCCAUGGGGUCGGGCUGUGCCUUGUCCGCCUCACAGACCUUUUUUUAAAUUAAUGGUUCCAGAUUUGGGGGCAGGAGGUGGUGAUUUGGGUGUGAAAAUCCGCUGAGCUAGGAUUGAACAUGAUGGGGCUGGAGACUCUCAAAUGGGACGGUGGCUGGUCCCAGCUCAGGCCCCAGGACAGAGCCCGGCCCACACCUGCCCCCAGCACCCAGCACUGAGCCCCGUGCCCCGCUCAGGACCCCCAGAGCUUACCCCAUGGAGGGUGCGAAGACCGUGAACUAGCGUGCAAAGGAAUAGGGAGCAGUUCCGUUCAAACAGAGAGCAGGUGUGGGGGCUCCCUGUCCUCCACGCGGCCGCGGAGGAGGCUGCACAGCGCGUGUUCUGGCCACUCCCUGCCCCUCCCUCGGGUCUGCCUGCCCAUCUCUAACAUGUUAUACUCACACCCAUUGCUCCUGCAUCGUGUCCCAGCACCCAAGGAAAACCAGCCGGUUCUAGGGGCCUCCUGGAUAAGGCCCACGUGGUUCCUGCCCACGUGGCGCUGCAGAUGUGCAGCUCUGUACCCAGCGCGCCCGUCCCUGCCUGCCCUUGGUCUGACUUCUGCUUCUGGGCUUCUGCUCCUCCUUCGGUUCUUUCCCUGUGUGCCGCCCUGGUUGGUCUCUGAGAGGAGCCCCUGCCCCUGGUCCAGCGCCCGAGGAGGCUGGCAGCCCACGCUUUCCCGCAGCUCACUUCCUGUCUGUGGGCUGAGACUUCCAGACCUUCAUUGGGAAGCCUGCGUUUUGAAGCUGGCGUUAGCCCUUUCUCCUCGAGAAGCAAUUUCAGUCCGUGCAUCACUCCAAAUGGGUUUGGUAACUCCGAGUUUAUGGUACAAUGAAAAUCACUCUUGCCAAGACAGCAAAGGCAGAUGAAAGGCGGGGUGAGUCACACAGGCUCUCCAUGUCCCUGGCAGCAGCCUUUGACACAGGAGCCAGCCACAGAUAGUGCUGGACCCCAGCAUGUGGCCCCAGACUCUGCAAAGUCGUUUCCUCAGGCCUCACCUUCUAGGACCCAUCUCCCGAUGCCUGGACAUCUCAUUGUUCUUUUCUGGUUUACGUCCCUGCUCUGGGGAAUCUACCCUUGGCUAGCAUCACUCAGAAAUUGCACAACUACCAUUUCAAGACAAAGUUUUAAGAGCUGUUUAAUUUAACUUUUAAUGUUGCUUAAGCCCCUAUAGGUAGUGUCUGAGACAGUGUAGCAGCAGGAGAGCAAAUUCUGGCACCUACCCUAGCAAGAAUUUAUGAACAGUGUUUUCUGCUAAAAAUAGUAACGUUCUAGUUCUGCUGACUACAGAACAUUGACCAGGGCAAGCCCCUUGCUUAAUCUUCUGUCUCACUUCUUUUCGUUUGUAAGAGGUGGACGCUGAACUUUCAUAAGUGGCAUGAAAAUGCUCUUUGAGCCAGGCGUGGUGGCUCACGCCUAUAAUCCCAGCACUUUGGGAGGCCGAGGCGGGUGGAUCACGAGGUCAAGAUAUCAAGACCAUCCUGGUCAACAUGGUGAAACCUCAUCUCUACUAAAAAUACAAAAAAUCAGCUGGGCAUGGUGGCGCGUGCCUGUAAUCCCAGCUACUCAGGAGGCUGAGGCAGGAGAAUUGCCUGAACCCAGGAGGCAGAGUUUGUGGUGAGCCGAUAUCGCGCCAUUGCACUCCAGCCUGGGUAACAAGAGCGAAACUCCGUCUCAAAAAAAAAAAAAAAGAAAAGAAAAUGCUCUUUGAGCUCUAAAAAUACUGGCUGAUUUACAAGUGCUUGUUUUGACCAAGGUAUUGGAAAGAACUUUUGUUAGAAGAAGUGAGUGCUUCCACAGGCACUAACCUCUCUGCUGUUCCAAAAACGCUCCAGGGGGCAAAUUCUCGCACUGUGAAAGAUCUGAGAGUCCAUUACCGGGCUAGCUGCGCUGUUUCCUCAUGGUCGUUUUUGGCAUCUCAGAUGACCAUUGACAGGCAUAAAGAGGGGGUGUCUCCCAUCUACCCAUCUAUUUUUCAGGAAUUAAAAACUAUAGAAAAUCUCAGUGGCAAGACUGAGGCAUAGGAGCCGAGGCAUGGGAUGAGAAAUGUUCCCUGCAAUGUAGGAGGCCCUUUCCUGAGUCGCACAUUUUCAUGAAUAAACUAGGGAUGAGUUAAGAUGGAUAUUAGAGCUGGAUUUACAAUGUAUGGAACAGUUUAUUGUAAAUGUAUCUUUUAAGCCUAAGUUCUGGCCGGGCUCAGUGGCUCAUGCCUGUAAUCCCAGCACUUUGGGAGGCUGAGGUGGGAGAUUACCUGAGGUCAGGAGUUCAAGAGCAGCCUGGCCAACAUAGCGAAACCUUGUCUAUACUAAAAAUACAAAAAUUAGCUGGGCAUGAUGGCAGGCACUCAUAUUCCCAGUUGCUUAGAAGGCUGAGGCAGGAGAAUCACUUGAACCCAGGAGGCGGAGGUUGCAGUGAGCUGAGAUGCUACCGCACUCCAGCCUGGGUGACAGAGUGAGACUGUGUCUCAAAAAGAAAAAACAACACCUCAGUUUUUAGCAAUCUGAUGAACCAGAUACUCCAAGAAACGUCUUGACAUAAAAUUUCUAGGAAUGUUGACUAAAAGACAGCAGGGAUAAUAAACAUUACUCAUGAGAAGAUAAGGGAAAUCCCCUGUAGAGGCCCAAACCAAAAAGUAAACGAUCCAGACAUGUAUGAUAACUGGUGCUGGGGCUACGCUGGGGGAAGGCAGGGGAUGGCAAAGGUGGGGUUGAGGUUACUUCGUAUGUCUUUUUAACUAAUGAAUUUUUGGAUUUUAAUGGCCAUGCAGAAAUGGGUAAUGAAUCUUUGAGCCCAUAAGAGGCUGGAAAUUAGAACUGAGAUUCCUACACAAGAGUUGUUCCCUUCCUUUGAAGAAUUACACUUUCAAUGAAAAGGUGAUUAGAAAAACAAUCCAGCCAUUGGCAGAGGGAAAUCACAGAAAGCCUGUCAACCUUGGCCUCAUUCAGAGCAGUAAAAAAUGGUUGUCUUUGAGAAUUUGUAUGUAGUGGCUGUCCUCAGGUGUAUUUGGGGUAUGAAUUUAUACUAUCUGAGUGGCAUGGAGCCCCCAGUCUGAGAAGUGAGACAAAAUUAACCCUGGAGCACCUGGCAGGAGAAAACACAAAAUCUCUGUGGAUGUACACAAAUAAUUCCUACAGAAAAACCUCAAUGAAGACGAGCUCGCAGUCCAGCAGUGCCAAUCUAAGGGAGAAAACUAAACCCCGAGCAGGUUCAAAGAUGUAACAAACAGUAGGAUUAAAUUCCUAAGAGCUUCAGGCAAAAAUAUUAUCAAAAUAGAGAUUUUGAACUAGAAUCAGAGACACAGUGAAAAAUUAAAAAAAAUGAGAAAACAAGUUGCCACCAAAUGCAGACCAAAGACAGAGAAGAUUUAAAAAGAACAAAAGGAAAUGUAUAGGCAUAAAAAAAAAUAUAGUGACUGAAAUUUAACUAAACCUUUAAGGGUUGGGUUAAAAAGCAAAUUAGACAUAAUUAAAAAGAGAAUUAGUUAAGUGGAAAAUCACUGUGAGCACAUGGAAAUAAAGAGAUAAAAAAUUUGGAAGCAGGAUUAAUAGAUAUGGAGGAUAGGACAAGAAGGUCCGAUAAUAGCACAACAGAAGUUUGGAUGGAGAGAAAGGAGAGAAUGAGAGUGAGCCAAUACUGAAAGAGAUGGUGACUGAGAAUUCUCAAAAUUGAGAACAGUCCUGAGCUCUCAGAUUCAAGGACAAUGUUAGGAUAGAUAAAAGGAAAUGCAUCCCUGGAUAGAUUAGAGUAAGCUGUAUAAGAAUGCCAAGUACAAAGAUAAGACUUUCAUAGUAGCCGGAAAUAUAGGAUGACCUGUGAAGAAAUGACAGUUAAUUUGGCCACCACUUCUCAAUGAUCACCAAAGGACAGUGAAAUUCUAUCUGUGAAGUGUUGAGAGAAAAUAGAAUUUUCUACCUAACGAAACUGUCCAUACCAGAAUUAGGGAGAAAGGACGAAAAACAAAGCAUUAGAGAAUGUAUAACUAACAGAGUGUCACCUAAAGAGUUUCCAGGAAUGCACUUUAUCAAGAAGAAAACUGCAUCCGGAAUGAAGAAGCGAACUGAACGCAGAAUGGCGAGCAAGUAAAUCAGUAAAUGUGGGUAAACUGGAACAGGAUUGACAAUGGAUGGCAAUAAUAAUAGCAAGGACAUAUCACUUGUAUAAAACAUGUAGGACCUGAAGUACUGGAUUAAGUAUCAUGCAAGUUGGGAGGACAAUGAUCCAAGUAACCUAGUAACAGGUAAGGUGGGAGGAGAACAGUCUAGAUUAUCCAAAAUCCUUGAAUGAUCUCAUGAACAAAUGAGCUAACUUGAGAUCUUGGAAUGCUGAGUACACAUGUUACAAUUUUAAUCAUGACUGUGGGGAGUUGGCAGGGGCGGGGGUAGUAAAAGUACAAUUUGUAAUUUUCAAAACAGUAAAGGAAAAAAAAAACAAACCUUUCUAAUCCUAUUGAAUAAGGCAGCAAACAUUUUCUGUAAAUGGUCAGAUAGUACAUGUUUUGGCUUUGUGUGCCAUAUGGUCUCUAUUGUAACUAUUCAACUCUGCCAUCUCAGUGCAAAAGCAGCCAUGGAGAAAAUUUAAACAAAUGAGCAUGGCAGUGCACUCCAAUUCAGCUUAAUUUAUAAAAACAGCAAGUGAACUGGAUUUGGCCUGAAGGCUAUAACUUGCCAAUCCCUGCUAUAGAAGACAGGAAAGGAAGUAAAAAGCUAAAAAAAUGGAAAGCACAAAUUAAGAUGGUGGAAGCAGUUCCAAAUAGGUUAGUAACUACAAGAAAUGUAAACAAAUUGACUUUGCUGAAAAAAGCCAGAGACUGAUGAGUAGAUAAAGAAAAAAGUGACUUUAUGUUUUUAGCAAGACCAAUUCUUAAUCAAUAUGGACAACAGAAAGGUGUAAAGGAAAAGUGGGGAAAUAGAUGUGUCAAGCGAACAUUGAUGAAAAGAAAGGUUAUUAAUACAUUAAAACACAAAAUAGGCCUUAAGGUAAAAAGGCAUUAGCCAUGACUAAAAGGAUUAUUAUAAAAUGGUUAAAAAAAAGAAUUCACUAGGAGAAAUUUAUAAACUUAUAUACCCCUAAAAAUAUGGCCUCAAAAUACAUAAAGCAAAAUUUGAUAGAAUUACAAGGAGAUUUAUAAGUCUACCCUUACAGUGUAAUAAAGUAUAUAAAUUUUUAAAAUACAAAUUAAGAAGUUAUAUUUAAUGAUAUAUAGAAUAUGAUACCUAAAAAUUAAUAAUACAUAUUCUUUUCAAGUACACAUGGAACACUUUUAAUAAUCACGUAUUAGGUCAUAAAAUAAGAUUCAACAAAUAUUAACAAAAAGGGAUGGUGCAGGCCAUAUUCUCUCUCCACUAUAUUAAACAAAGUUAUGCAUUUGGAUGUUUUAAAGCAUAUUUAUAAAUGCUUUAAAGUCAUAAUCUAAAGAAGAAAUCAUAAUAAAAAUAAGACUAUAUUAUGAGCUGAACGAUAACAAAAAUGCCAUACAUCCACAUUUGUGGGAUGCUGCUAUGUUAAUAUUUAGAACAAACUUUAGCCCUAAAUACAUUUAUUAGGAAAGAAGAAAGACUGGAUACUGUGAAUCUAAUAGAAAUUAAAAGAACACGGCAUAGGAGGCAGAACUAGCUUGCAGCUCCAGCUUGGAUGGACAGGGUGGCAUGUGGAGACUCUUAUCAUCAACUUUUGCUUCAGAAUUACUACUGCACAAAUAUACCAGGAAAGCCAAGAGAAUCCACAGACCCUCUGAAGGAAGUGGAUUGCUCUUGCAGGGUCUGGGAGACAGCCCACAUACUGUGAGUGUCCAAGCUGUGACAGUGGAAAAGUGGGGUUAUCUGCCCCUGGACACACAUGCUCAUUGGGGAACCUGAAGGUCUGGACUGGGGAGAAGGAUUUGACCUUGCCUGAAGCUGAGUCAACUUAGAGAGCAGAGUGAAAUAUGGGGAUAGAGGAGGCAGUGGGAAAAGCCCUGUGGGCUCUCUGGUUCCCCAGGGAAGCCAUUUCUUACUUGUCUCAUUGGUGUUCUUGGGGAGGUCUGCCAGAGUAACGGGGAAGAGACCACAGGGAGAAGGAAACCUCCAGCUGAACUUUGUAACAAUUCCAGCUGAAUCCCCAGGGAAGCUAUUUCUUACCUGUCCCACAGGUGUCCUUGGGGAGGGCUGCCAGAGUAACUGGGAAGAGACUACAGGGAGAAGGAAACCUCCAGCUGAACUUUGUAACAAUUCCAGCUGAAUCCCCAGGGAAGCUAUUUCUUACCUGUCCCACAGGUGUCCUUGGGGAGGGCUGCCAGAGUAACUGGGAAGAGAUCACAGGGAGAAGGAAACCUCCAGCUGAACUUUGUAACAAUUCCAGCUGAAUCCCCAGGGAAGCUAUUUCUUACCUGUCCCACAGGUGUCCUUGGGGAGGGCUGCCAGAGUAACUGGGAAGAGACCACAGGGAGAAGAAAACCUUCAUCUGAACUUUGCAACAAUUCCAGCUGAAUGUGAAAUCGCUUGGCCAGAACUUGGGGAGGGCAUGAAUCCGGCGUGCAGACCCAACAGGUGGGGAGGUGUGAAAGUCCUACUUGCUUUCUCAUCUGGGAGGCUGGUAGCGUGGGGGAAGUUCUCAGCCCUGUUGUUUAUUGCGUGGAAACAAACUCAGUGCAUCUGGGGGUGAUGCACAGUAGAAGUGAGAUUGGCCUUUUGGGUUGUGUGGGAGCUGGGUGAGGCCUGUAACUGCCAGCUUCUACACAACUCCCACUUCCCUGACAACCUGCAUGACAAAGCAGAGACAGUCAUAAUCCUGGGAACAUAACUCCAUUGGCCUGGGGACCACACCCUCAAUCCCACAGCAGCAGCAACAAGCCUGCCCAAGGAGAGUCUGAGCUUAGACACACCUAACCCUGCUCCCACCUGAUGGUCCUUCUCUACUCACCCUGGUAGCCGAAGACAAAGGGUAUAUUCUCUUGGGACUUCUAAGGCGCUGACCACAGCCUGAUCCCCCCUAUGCUACCACAGCUGAUGCUCUCUUGAAAGUAUUACUUCCUGGCAAGAGGCCAACCAGCACAAAAAUAGUGCAUUAAAUGACCAAAACUAAGGACCCUCACAGAGUCCAUUUUACAACCUGCCAACUCCACUGGAGCAGAUGCUGGGAUUCAUAGUUGAGAGACAUGAAGAUGGUUUACAUUGUCUGAGCAGACAUCCCCUAGUACCAGCCCACAUCCUGGUAGCCCUGCUGUGUGGCUAGAUCCAGAAGAGAAAUAGCCAUCACUAUAGCUUGGUUCUCAGGAAGCCACAAACCUAGGAAAAGGGGAAGAGUACUACAUCAAAGGAACACCUCAUAAGACAAAAAAAUCUCAACAGCAGCCUUGAGCUCUAGAUCUUCCCUGUGACAUAGCCUACCCAAAUGAGAAGGAACCAGAAAAACAAUUCUGGUAAUAUGACAAAACAAGGUUCUUAACAACCCUCAUGCCAAAAAAAAAAAAAAAAAAAAAAAAAAUCACACUAGCUAACCAGCAAUAGAUCCAAACCAAGAAGAAAUUCCUGAUUUACCUGAAAAAGAAUUCUGAAUGUUGAUAAUUAAGCUACUCAAGUAGGUGCCAGAGAAAGGUGAAGUCCAACUUAAGGAAAUUUAAAAAAAUGAUAUAAGAUAUGAGGGGAUAAAUCUCCAGUGAAAUAGAUAGCAUAAAUAAAAAGCAAUCACAACUUCAGAAAAAAAAGGACACACUUAGAGAAAUGCAAAAUAUACUGCAAAAUCUCACCAAUAGAAUCAAAGAAGCAAAAGGAAGAGCUUCAGAGCUCAAAGACAAGGUAUUUGAAUUAACCCAGUCCAACAAAGACAAAGAAAAAAAAGAAUAAAAAAGUGAGCAAAGGCUCCAAGAAGUUUGGGAUUAUGGUAAAUGAUAAAACCUAAGAAUAAUUGGUGUGUUCCUGAGUAAGAAGAGAAAUCUAAACGUUUGGAAAAUAUAUUGGGGGAACAAUUGAGAAAAACAUCCCUGGCCUUGCUAGAGAACUAGACAUCUAAAUACAAGAAGCUCAAAGAACAGCUGGGAAAUUUAUUGCAAAAAGAUGAUUGCCUAGGCACAUUGUCAUUAGGUUAUCUAAAGUCAAGAUGAAGAAAAGAAUCUUAAGAGCUGUGAGGCAAAAAGCACAAGAUAACCUAUUUAAAAAACUAUUAGAUGAACAGCAUUUUCUCAGCAGAAACCCUACAAGCUAGAAGGGAUUGGGGCCCUGUUUUCAGCCUCCUUAAACAAAACAAGUGUCAGCCAAGAACUUUGUAUCCAGUGAAACUAAGCUUCAUAAAUGAAGGUCUUUUUCAGACAAAUAAAUGCUGAGAGAAGUUGCCAUUACCAAGCCAGCCUACAAGAACUGCUAAAAGAAGCUCUAAAUCUUGAAACAAAUCAUGAAAACACAUCAAAACAGAACCUUUUUAAAGUAUAAAUCUCACAGGACCUGUAAAACAGAAAUAUAAUUAAAUAACUCCAAGGUAUACAGCAACAAAUAACACAAUGAAUGGCAUAGUACCUCGCAUCUCAAUACUAACAUUGAAUAUAAAUGGCCUAAAUCUUCCACUUAAAGGAUACGGAAAGGCAGAAUAAAUAAAAAUUCACCAACCAAGUAUCUGCUGCCUUCAAGAGACUCACCGAACACAUAAGGACACACAUAAACUUAAGGUAAAGGGGUGGAAAAAGACAUUCCAUGCAAAUGGACACCAAAAGUGAGCAGGAGUAGUUAAUCUUAUGUUAGACAAAACAAGCCUUAAAGCAACAGCAGUUUAAAAAGACAAAGAGGGACAUUAUAUAAUGAUAAAAGUCCUUGUCCAACGGGGAAAUAUCACAAUCCUAGAUAUGUAUGCAUGUAACACUGGAGCUCCCAAAUUUAUAAAGCAGUUACUACUAGACCCAAUAAAUGGGAUAGACAGCAACACAGUAAUGGUGGGGACUUCAGUAGACCCAAUAAAUGGGAUAGACAGCAGCACAGUAAUAGUGGGGGACUUCAAUACUCCACUGACAGCACUAGGCAGGUCAUCGAGACAGAAAGUCAACAAAGAAACAACGGAUUUAAACUAUACCCAGGAACAAAUGGACUUAACAGAUAUUUACAGACCAUCCUACUCAAUAACUGCAGAGUGUACGUUCUAUUCAUCAGCACAUGGAACUAUCUCCAAGACAGACCAUAUGAUAGACCACAAAACAAGUCUCAAUAUAUUUAAGGAAAUUGAAAUUACAUUAAGUUCUCUCUCAGACCACAGUGGAAUUAAAUUGGAAAUCAACUCCAAAACCAUGCAAAUACAUGGAAAUUAAGUAACCUGCUCCUGAAUGAUCACUGGGUCAACAAUGAAAUCAAGGUGGAAAUUAAAAAAUUAAGUUCUUUGAGCUGAGUGAUAAUAGUGACACAACCUAUCCAAACCUCUGGGAUUCAGCAAAGAUGACACUAUUGAGGAAAAUUCAUAGCCUUACAUGCCUUCAUUAAAAAGUCUGAAAGAGUACAAAUAGACAAUUUAAUGUCACACCUCAGGGAACUAGAGAAACAAGAACAAAUCAAACCCAAACCCAGCAGAAGAAAGGAAAUAAUCAAGAUCAGAGCAGAACUAAAUGAAAUUAAAACUAACCAAUAAAUAAAUAAAUAAAUAAAUAAGAUAAAACAAAAAGCUGGUUCUUUGAAAAGAUAAAUAAAAUGGAUAGACCAUUAGCAAAAUUAACCAAGAAAAGAAGAGAGAAGAUCCAAAUAAGCUCAAUUAUAAACAAAACGGUCAAUGCUGCUAUGAACACCUUUGUGCACAUAAACUGGAAAACCUAGAGGAGAUGGAUAAAUUCCUGGAAAGAUACAACCCUCCUGGCUUAAGUCAGGAAGAAUUAGAAACCCUGAACAGAUCGAUAACAAGCAGUGAGAUUGAAAUGGUAAUAAAAAAAUUACCAACCAAAGCAAGUCCAGGACCAGAUAGAUUCACCCCUGAAUUCUACCAGACACUCAAAGAAGAAUUUGUACCAAUCCUAUUGUCACUAUUCCACAAGAUAGAAAAAAGUGGAAUCCUUCUUAAAUCAUUCUAUGAAACUGUUAUCACCCUAAUACCCAAACCAGGAAAGGACAUAAAAAAAAAAGAAAAUUAUGGACCAAUAUCCCUGAUGAACAUAGAUGUCCAUCUCAUCACAGGGGUCAUACCUGACAAUAUCUGAUGCAAAAUGAUGAAAAACUACGUUCCCCAGCCUCUGUACUGGCAAUCCCUGUCAGCCUUAUUCUACUCAAGUUUUACAUGUACUUAGCAAAACCUAACGUGGACUUUAUCUUGGUCUCUAUGUUUCUAUGUAUCUAAUUGCAUCUCUGAAUCUGAUGAUGUCCCUUUUUGUUGUCUAUCUAUACAUCUAUGCCUGCAUCCAUCCAUGUCCAUCUGCAUCUACCCACCAUCCAUCCACCCAUUCACUCAUCUAAUCACAUAUCCACCCAACCACUCACCAUCCAUCCACCCAUUCACUCAUCUACGCACACAUCCACCCAACCACCCACCAUCCAUCCACCCAUUCACUCAUCUUCUCACACAUCCAUCCAACCACCCACCAUCCAUCCGCUCAUUCACUCAUCUUCUCACACAUCCACCCAACCACCCACCAUCCAUCCACUCAUUCACUCAUCUAAUCACACAUCCACCCAACCACUCACCAUCCAUCCACCCAUUCACUCAUCUAAUCACACAUCCACCCAACCACUCACCAUCCAUCCACCCAUUCACUCAUCUAAUCACACAUCCACCCAACCACUCACCAUCCAUCCACCCAUUCACUCAUCUAAUCACACAUCCACCCAACCACCCACCAUCCAUCCACCCAUUCACUCAUCUUCUCACACAUCCACCCAACCACCCACCAUCCAUCCACCCAUUCACUCAUCUACACACACAUCCACCCAACCACCCACAAUCCAUCCAUCCACCCAUUCACUCAUCUUCUCACACAUCCACCCAACCACCCACCAUCCAUCCACCCAUUCACUCAUCUACACACACAUCCACCCAACCACCCACAAUCCAUCCAUCCACCCAUUCACUCAUCUUCUCACACAUCCACCCAACCACCCACCAUCCAUCCACCCAUUCACUCAUCUUCUCACACAUCCACCCAACCACUCACCAUCCAUCCACCCAUUCACUCAUCUACACACACAUCCACCCAACCACCCACCAUCCAUCCACCCAUUCACUCAUCUACUCACACAUCCACCCAACCACCCACCAUCCAUCCACCCGUUCACUCAUCUAAUCACACAUCCACCCAACCACCCACAAUCCAUCCACCCAUUCACUCAUCUAAUCACACAUCCACCCAACCACUCACCAUCCAUCCACCCAUUCACUCAUCUAAUCACACAUUCACUCAACCACCCACAAUCCAUCCACCCAUUCACUCAUCUAAUCACAUAUCCACCCAACCACUCACCAUCCAUCCACCCAUUCACUCAUCUACUCACACAUCCAUCCUCACCUAUCCAUCCAUCCAUAUGCAUCUGCCUCCACCCCACUCAUCCACCCAACCAUCCACCCACCCACCCACCAUCCAUCCACCUGUUCAGGCAUCUACCCACUCACCCACCUACCCACUCACCCAUCCACAUCCACCCACCCACUCACUUACCCACCCACCCACUCACCCAUCCACAUCCACCCACCCACUCACUCACCCACCCACACAUCCAUCCACCCACUCACUCACCCACCCACACAUCCACCCAGUCACUCAAUUGCCCACCCACUCACUCACCCAGCCACUCACCCACCAACAUAUCCACCCACCCACUUAUUUACCCAUUCUUCAUCUCCUAUCCAUGCCUUUGUCCCCCUGCUGUGAUAAUCCUAAUUUCUCUCCCUUCCUCCCUGUAGGGCUUUUGGCUCCACAGGGUCAUGGGGUGUCCCUUAUGCUGUGCUGAGGUGCAGGAUCCAAGAAGUAAAGAGACAGGACACUGAAGAACUGGAGAAGAACAGCUGGACUUGGGGGGCCACACCACCUAUGAGCGGGGACAGACAAGGCCCAGAAUGUGCAGAAGCAUCUGUAUUUAUUAGGUACAAGCAGGGGGAAGGGUUGUAAGUGAGGUCAUCAUCUAUAGGCUUAGUGGGAGGGCAUACAUAAUCACAUGAGUCACAAGCGAUGGGACCACCCCAUAGUGUCACCCAGGCAGAGAGGUGGGGUAUGUGCAGUAGGGGGCCGUGCCGUGUACAGUAGUAGAGGGUCAUGUACAGAAAAGGGGUCCACCCCUAUUAGGUCACCGAGGUAAGGAGGUGGGCUGUGUGCAGCAGGUGUUGUGCGUGACACUUCAUAUGUGGGGACUGGAGACUUCAAAGGGUUUCUAAUAGAAAGAUACUGUAAGCCAAUGCAUUGGGAGCUGACAGACUUGUGCUCUGCUCUUAAGAUAUUUAUGGGAAGAUGCUUUGAGCCAGCACAGAAGUGAGAAAAGACUGACAGGGUGUACAGCUGCUGUGACUGGUCACACCAGAGGGGUUCCUCUCCCUCGGUUAAUUCCAGGGUCUCAGGCCUGAGGCCUACUUUCCACAGGAACUGGAGGCAAGGUUCUACAAGUCCUUUAUCAGGAGGAGAGGCUCCUGCUCCAAGCCUGCCACACAGCAUAUGCCCUUUCAGGCAGGGACACCACCGCCUGGGUCUUUGGUUCUCGUCCUGGUCUGGCUGUUUUCCCAUGUACCGCUUCUGUUCUGUGACUGCUCUAGGCAUUCCUCCUACUACAAACUACUAUAUGAUUACAUAGAAGGAUUCUAUAAAUCAGCACUGAGUGUGUCAGUACAGCUCUGACUACAAUACCUAUAUGAUUAUAUAGAAAGAUUAUAUGGAACUAAGUAUGAUUAUAUAUAUGAGCUAGAUACAGUAAGCAGUAAGUUAUUAUAUGAUUUUAUAGGAAGAUUACAUGGGACUAGUAUGAUUAUAUAUAUAUAUAUAUAUAUAUAUAUAUAUAUAUAUAUAUAGGCUAGAUAUAAUAAGCAGUGAGUUAUCCUUCAGGCACUAAUUGGGCCUGGGGUCUGCACAGUUCUUCUGCCUCGGUGCGCAUGGGAGGGGUUACCCACACUCCCCAAGGCAGGAGGAGGUCAGAUGUCUGGACAGGGAAGAGAUAGAAGCAUGCGAACGUGUUUCCCCGGAUUUCAUCCUUGUCACAGCUAUGGGUGAGUCUCCGGGCCUGGGGAAUGCAUUUGGGUGUCCCGGCGGUCUGUAAGCCUUGCUGUGAGAGGAGGAAUCUGCUCAUACUUUUCAUUUCUUCUAGCAGCUUACUGAACUCUGAUUUUUAUAACUUUUCAGUUAGAAAAUUAUAUCAUUUGCAAAUAAAAAUAAUUGCUAUCUCCUUUCCAGUAUGCGAUCGCCUACUGUCUUUUCUUUCCUAAUUGCAUUAGCAAGCAAAAUUCCAGAAGAAUAUUUAAUAACAACAGCGGAGAUAGUUUUCUUUUAUUUCUCACUGUAGUGGGAAUAGCGCUAGUGCUUUAUCAAUAAUCAAGACAUCGGCUAAUGGAUUAAAUAAUAAAAGGGUUUUAUUUUUCUCCACUCCGAAGCUGAAUGGCAGCAUACACCUGAAUAACAUCUUGGGCAGAUUCUUCAACUUCCUGGUCAGUUAGUUGUUAACAUCCACAGAGUUUGAAUCUCCAGCCUCCUCUUGUCCUAUUAAAGUUCCCUGCGUGCUCCCCGCCAGCCUCCCCUAGCUGUGACCUGAGGGUCUUGAAGUCAGGAGGGGCUUGGUCUGAUGUUCCACUCUUUUGCCCCGCCCCUUCCUCCUGGAAUGCCCACGGAGCGGCAUGUCUGUCUUCUCCUCCCUUGCCAAAGUUUACCCUAUGCUCUGCGGGGUAUGGGGGGAAGGGGCAGCAAGGUGCGGAUGUUGCCUUCCUAGCCAGGCAUCCGACUACAGUGUGCUCUUUCGCUUGGUCGCAGCUCUGAUCACAUUAGUCACUGAUAUCCCGGGCAGCAGGUGAACAAAUGGCUCUUGUGCCUUGCCGGGUAUUUGCAAGUUCUUGGGGCCACCGUGCUGCAACGUUCUCUGACAUGGGAGCCACAUCUCUGGCUUGGCGUCUUUGUAGGGUUGCAAGAUUUAGCAAAUAAAAUACAGGAUACCUAGUUACAUUUCAAUUUCAGAUAAAUGAUUAGGUUAUUUUUGAGACACAGUUUCACUCUGUCAACUAGGCUGGAGUGCAGUGGCGUGAUCUCCGCUCACUGCAACCUCUGCCACCCGGGUUCAAGUGAUUCUCCUGCCUCAGCCUCCUGAGUAGCUGGAUUACAGGUGCUGCCACUAUGCCUGGCUAAUUUUUGUAUUUUUAGUAGAGAUGGGGUUUCACCAUCUCGGCCAGGCUGGUCUUGAACUCCUGACCUCAUGAUCCACUCGCCUCGGCCUCUCAAAGUGUUGGGAUUACAGGCGUGAGCCACUGCACCCAGCCAAUAAUUUUUUAGUGUAUGUACCGUUCAAUAUUUGGGACAUAGUUGUAGUCAAAAAAUUAUUCAUUAUUUACCUGAGAUUUAUAUCUAACGAGUAUCCUAUAUUUAAUCUGAGAAUCCCAUAUUUUUUUCCCCCACUCUUUCCAGCAAGCCUCCCUCUGGGUGAGCUCUGGCAAGAUGGUUCUUGACCUCGGAGGCACGCUUCCUUGCUGCGUGCCCCCCUCACCUCUCUUGCCUGGCUAGUUCUCUGGCUCUGUUCUUCUCUCUCUUAGAUGUGAGCGGAUCUGACCAUCACAUUCCAAGCAGCAGUGGAACCGGGUAAUAACAGGUGAUCCUCCCUGCUUGCAGGCAGCCCCAACCUUGGAGUGCGUGUGUGUACAUAUACAAUGAAUAAUGCAUACUGAAUAUCAUCAAAAGCCUUUUGGCAUCUAUUGAGGUGAUCAUAUGGUUUUUAUCCUUUCUCCAAUUGACAAGAUUUGUAUUCAUAGAUGUCUUAUAUUGCAUUCCUGGAAUAAUCUUCACUUGGUGACAGUAUAUUUUUUUCUCUAUAGAGCACUGGACUUCCUUCCCUAGUUUUUAAUAGAGGAAUAUCCUCUGUAUAUUUAUAAAAGAGAAAUCUAGAGAGAUAAUUAUGCUUGGUUCUAAAAUGUAUUGUAAACAUUUCCAUUUAUUUCAUUAUUUUUUCCCACUAUGCCUCAAAGGCUUCAUUUGGUGCACUGGUCCUAUGUUAUUUGAAAGCCAGCAAGAACAUCUUCGUGAGGUACCUUUUUUGGAGGCAGACUUCCUUCUCUCUGAACUGCUUCCUUCAUUAUUAUUCUAGCCAAAUUGCCGGAGAGAGGACAGCUCCUUUCAUGGGCUCCAGCCCUGUGAGCACCAGGCUCUUGUUUCUUUUCAUUCCUCCCUUGCUGUAUCAGUCUGUCUUCACCCUGCUGAUAAAGACAUACCCGAGACUGGGUAAUUUAUGCAGGAAAAAGUGCUUAAUGGGCUUACAGUUCCACAUGGAUGAGGAAGCCUCACGAUGAUGGCAGAAGGCAAGGAGCAGCAAGUCACGUCUCACAUAGAUGGCAGCAGGCAAAGAAAGAGAGCUUGUGCAGGGAAACUCCCCCUUACACAGCAUCAGAUCUCAUGAGAUAUUCACUAUCAUGAGAAAAGAACGGGAAAGACCUGCCCCCAUGAUUCAAUUACCUCCUGCUGGGUCCCUCCCAUAACACCUGGGAAUUCAAGAUAAGAUUUGGGUGGGGACACAGCCAAACCAUAUCACUUGUUCUUGGGUCACUGUGGAGGAGGAGGAGGGCUCUAGCCUGUGGUUAGGGAGAUGACAGUAUUGUCCAUUUUUCUCACUCAUCUUUUCCUGGGCUCCAAGCACUGGGGGUUUGUUUCUUUUCCUUCCCUUUUCCUCCAGGUUAGGGAGGUGGCAGUCCAAGUGACAGCACCAUCAGCAGGGUGCUUCAGGGCUAGCCAUGGGUGGCGGGCAGCAGAGGGGGUGCUAGGAAGCCCUUUUGGCCUCAAAGUUGGUUGCCCUGAUUGGCGUAUCAGUAUUGAGUUGAUAUUCUACUUGACACCUGCCUGUCUUCCAUGUCUUAUUUUUUUUUUCUUGGUUCUGAACUCAGGAGGGAAAUAACGUGUGUUUAUAAGCCCCUAUAUCUUUCAAAUAUCUCCUUUUAACAACCAAUGUUGGUGAUUUUUUAGAGAACCUUCUGCAUUGAGAUUCUGUCUUUCAAAUAUAGAAGUGAGAGACGACUGUAGUAUUGUUUAUAUUUUGAGAUCUCCUCCAUACCGUUCACAUCCCUUUGAUAAAUCCCAACAGUGUGUAUUUGUUUUUUCUUUGUUUUCUACAUAAUUAGGCUUCUCAGUGGUUCCCUUAUUGUCUUUUCAGAGAACCAGCUCUUAGAAUUAUUAAUUUUCCUUUUUCUCUUUACUCAUUCAUUGUUUCCUAUUUUCCAUCUUUCUUCAUUCUUUUCAUAUGUCUUACAUGUUUUCCUUGAAGGCAUUUUGAUGCCUUGUUUUUCAGCUCCUUGAUUGGGAGAUUUCUUUCAUUCACCUUUAUGCUAAUUAUGAACAUGUACCUGGUAAGACUCAGGAAGUAGCUAAAUUAGAUAAUCUGUAUUCAGUAUUUAGCACUGUGUUGGAACAUCGUGGAUACUCCAUAGACGGUGGCUACCAAUGAACAUGACAGUAAGAACACACAAAAUAUUUUGACUUGUUUUUCUGAGUACAGUUUUGAGCCCAUUUUAUACACUCUGAUGUGUAGUAUUAUAAUUACUUUCUUAAUAGUUUGCAUUUGUGGCAUUUUUAAAUUGAAUAUUUAUUUGUAAACUAUGUAGGCAUGUAUAAUAUUGUUCUCAAGAGUUGUAUUUUUUUGAGUGUAACUUUUAAAUUAUUCAUAAUUUUAUAAAGUAGUAUUUGGUAAUUACCAUUUUCUUUUAAAUCUACAGAGGUAUGUAAUUCAUUGUUUGGUAUAGGGUGUAUUUUUGUGAAUGUUUCAUGAGUUUGAAAAAUUAAUAUGUAUUCCAUCUUUAAAGGGCAGAAAUCUUAAUAUAUCUACUAAAGCAGCCAUCCUAAUUUAUAUAAUUUAUUUUCUCAGUAUCCUUAUUAAAGAUCUACUUCUCAUCUUUAAGAUGUGUAAUAGUGUCUGCCACUAAAAUUAUGUUUUUCUUUCUUUCUUUCUUUUUUUUGAGACAGAGUCUUGUUUUGUUGCCCAGGCUGGAGUGCAGUCACGUGAUCUCUGCUCACUGCAACCUCCACCUCCUCUCUUGCCUCAGCUCCCCGAGCAGCUGGGAUAACAGACAGGCACUACCAUGCCCAGCUAAUUUUUGUAUUUUUAGUAGAGAUGGCGCUUCACCAUAUUGGCCAGGCUGGUCUCAAGCUCCUGAUCUCAGGUGACCCACCCGCCUUGGCUUCCCAAAGUGCUGGGAUUAUAGGUGACUAAAAUUGUGUUUUCAUCAGUUUCUUUCUAUGUUCUAAAAAGUUUGCACUUAAAAUAUUUUAACAUUUUGUUAUUUGGCACAGAAAUAGUCAUGGCCAGCACAUUGUUUUGUAUUCUAGCUUUUAUCAGUUAUAAUGGUCUGUGAUAUACUUGGUCCUUCCUCUGCCAUCUGGUUAUAUAUUUAUAAAUGUACUUAUAAUUUAUGUAUAGACUUACAAAUUACACCAUACAAAUUAUUUUACAAUUUUAUUUUUAAAAUAACUUGUUUCCUUGUGGUAUACAUACUUAUCAGAGAUUAUAUAAAAUAUAAUUAACCAAAAAGAGAAAAUAUAGUUUUUCAAUGGUCUCUUAAACCACUACUAACUCUGUUGUUUGUUUGUUGAAGUUUUUUUAUAACUAUGUAGUGUAUAGUUUUAUGUAUAAAAAUGAAAUUUCCAUGUAAUAUGGUUUUCUAUUCUUUGUUUUUCAUUGAAUGUGUAAAGACUUACAUUCUCCAGCUCCUAAGUUAAACGUAAACUAAUUCCUAGUGAAAACAGCUUCAAUCAACAUUAGAAGGUUGCAUCACUCAACCAACCGGACUUAACACACAUCUGCAGAAUACUCUACCCAUUAAUAACAAAGUAGAGAUUCUUCUCAUGUGCACAUGCAGUGCUCUGAGAUCAACCACAUGCUCGGCCAUAAAGCCAGUCUCAGUACAUUAAAAAAAGAUUGAAAUCGUACCAGCCAUACUCUCGGAUCACAGUGGAGUAGACAUAGAUAUCAGUAUGAAGAAGAUCUCUCAAAACCUCAUAAUUACAUGGAAAUUAAAUAACUUGCUCCUAAACGACUUUUGGGUAAACAAUAAAAUUAAGACAGAGACAAAAAAAAAUCUUUGAAAUGAAAAGAAAGACACAAUAUAACAAAAAUCUCUGGGAUGCAGCAAAAUCAAUGUCAACAGAAAAGUUUAUAGUGCUAAUCACCUACAUGGAAACAUUAGCAAGAUCUCAAAUUCAGGCUCUAAAGCCUCACCUAGGGGAACUAGAAAAGCAAGAAUGAACUAACCUCAAAGCUAGCAGAAGAAAAGAAAUACUAAAAUUAGAGCAGAACUGAAAGAAAAAAAAAUUCACACAAAGAAUUGACAAAACCAAAAGUUGUUUUUUUGAAACAAUAAACAAGAUUGGUAGACUGCUAGCUAGAUUAACAAAGAAAAAAGAGAGAAGCUCCAAAUAACCAUAGUGAGAAACAACAAAGGUGACAUUUCAGCUGGACUCACAGAAACAAGAAAGAUUCCCAGAGACUAUUAUGAACACGCUAUCCACACAAACUAGAAAAUCUAGAGAAAAUGGAUAAAUUCCUAGAAAUAUACAACCUCCCAAGAUUGAAUCAGGAAGAAAUGGAAACUCUGAGCAGAUCAAUAUCAAGUUCCAAACCUGAAUCAGUAACAAAAACCUACCAAAAAAAAAAAGCCAAGACAGAUGAAAUCACAACUGAAUUCUACCAGAUGUACAAGAAGAGUGGGUACUAAUUCUACUGAAAGUAUUCAAAAAAAUUGAGGAGGAAGGACUCCUCCCUAACUGAUACUGUGAAGCUAGUAUCACUCUGAUGUCAAAACUGGGUGAAGACACAUUGAAAAAAGAGAACUAAAGGCCAAUAUCCCUAAUAAACACAGAUGCAAGAAUCAUGAACAAAAUACUAGCAGACUGAAUCCAACAGCACAUGAAAAAGUUAAUUCACCACGAUCAAGUAGGCUUCCGACCAGGAUGCAAGGUUGGUUCAACAUACACAAUCAAUAAAUGUGAUUUACCUGCCACAUAAAAGAAUGAAAGCCAAAAACCAUAUAACCACCUCAAUAGACAUGGAAAAAGCUUUCAAUAAAAUCCAACAUCCUUUUAUGAUAAAAACCUUCAACAAACUAGGCAUCAAAGGACCAUACUUCACAAUAAUGAGAGCCGUCUAUGACAGUAGCCGUCAUUGUACGGAAUGAGCAAAAGCUGGAAGCAUUUCUGUAAAGAACUAAAACAAGACAAGGAUGCCUACUCUCACCACUCCUAUUCAACAUAGUUCUGAAAGUCCCAGCCUGCUCAAUCAGGCGAGGGAAAGAAAUAAAAGGCAUCAAAUAGGGAAAGAAGCCAAAUCAUCUCUUUUGGCUGAUGAUAUGAUUCUACACCUGGAAAACGCUAAAGACCACACCAAAAGGCUCCUAGAAAUGAUAAGUGACUUCAACAAAGUUUCAGUAUACAAAAUCAAUAUACAAAAAGCAGUGGUAUUUCUAUACACCAGUAAUGAUCAAAUUUAUAAUAGACACGCACACACACGCACACACACAUGCAUGCACACACACGCACACGCACGCACACACACGCACACACGCAUGCACACACACGUGCACACGCACACACACGCGCGUGCACACGUGCAGACACACACACGCACACUCCUACCUAGGAAUACGUCUCUACAAGGAGAACUAAAAACACUGCUGAAAGAAAUCAUGGAUGACAGACAAAUGGAAAAAUACUUUAUGCUCAUGUACUGAAAGAAGCCAUAUCAUUAAAAUGGCCUUAUUGCUCAAAGAAAUCUAUAGAUUUAAUACUAUUUUUAUCAAACUACCAACAUCAUUUUGCACAGCAUUAGAAAAAACAAUCCUAAAAUUCAUAUGGGACCAAAAAAACAGCUCAAAUAGCCAAGAUGAUCCUAAGCAAAAAGAACAAAGUUGGAGGCAUCAUAGCACCCAACCUCAAGCUAACGCAAACGGCACGGUGCUGGUGCAAAAGAGACAUAGACAAAGCAGCAGAAUAGAGAAGACAGAAAUAAAGCCGCGCAUCUAGAGCCAUCAGAUCUUCUACAAAGUUGACAAAAAUAAGCGAUGGGGAGAGAACUUCCUAUUCAAUAAAUGGUGCCCGGAGAGCUCGACAGCUAUAUGCAGAUGAGUGUAUAGAGUAAAAGGACCCCUACCUUUUACUGUGUACAAAAAGUAACUCAAGAUGGGUUAAAAGUUUAAAUGUAGGACUUCAGACUAUACAAAUCCUAGAAGGAAACCUAGGAAAUACCAUUCUGGCCUUGGGAAAGAAUUUAUGACUAGGUACUCAAAGGCAAUUGCAACAAAACUGAAAAUUGACAAGUGGGACCUAAUUAUGCUAAAGAGCCUCUGCACAGCACAGCAAACGAAACUAUCAGCAGAGUAAACAGAAAACCUGCAGGAUGGGAGAAAAUGUUCCCGAAGUAUGCAUGUGGAAAAGGGCUAGUAUCCAGAAUCUAUAAGUGUAUUAGUCCAUCCUUGCAUUGCUGUAAAGAAAUACCUGAGUCUGGGUAAUCUGUAAAGAAAAGAGGUUUAAUUGGCUCACGGUUCUGCAGGCUGUACAGGAAGCCCGGGAGCACCUGCUUCCGGGAGGCCUCAGGAAGCGUACAGUCUGCCCCGUGCUCUCGUGCUCCUGUUUUCACCAUCUGAUGUACCUGCUCCCACUAUCCUGAGGACAGGACCAACCGAAAUGGUGCUAAAGCAUUCAUGAGAAAUCUGCCCCUUUGAGCCAAUCACCUGCCACCGGAUUCCACCUCCACCAUUGGGGAUUACAUUUCAAUAUGAGAUUUGCAUGGAGACAGUAUCCACACUCUAUCAAUAAGGAACUCAAAUAAUUCAAAAAGAAAAAAAACCCAUUAAAAUGUGGGCUAAAGAUGUGAACACACACUUCUCACGCUUGAUCUUAGCCCAGAGACUGAGAAGCAGUGAACACACGCUUCUCAAAAGAAGACAUACAGGUGACCAACAAACAGAAGAAAUGCUCAGCGUCAUUAAUCAUCAUGUAAAUGCAAAUCGAAACCACAAUGAGCUAACAUCUCACACCAAUCAGAAUGGCUGUUACUAAAAAGUAAAAAAAAAAAAAAGAAAACAAAUAGCUGCUGGAAAGCAGCAGAGAAAAGGGAAUGCUUAUACACUGUUGGUGGGAAUGUAAAUCAGUUCAGCCACUGUGGAAAGCUGUCUGGAGAUUUCUCAAAGAACUUAAAACAGAACUACCAUUUGACCCAGCCGUCCCAUUACUGGGUAUAUAUCCAAGGAAAAUAAAUCAUUCUACCAAAAAGUCACAUGCACUCAUACGUUCAUUGCAGCAGCAGUCACAAUGGCAAAGACAUGGAAUCAACCUAGCUGUCUGUCACUGGUGGAUUGGAUAAAGAAAAUGUGGGACCUCUACAUGGCCAUAAAAAAGGAUAAACUCAUGUCCUGUGCAGCAACAUGGAUGCAGCUGGAGACAGGGUCUCGCUCUGUCACCCAGGCUGGAGUGCAGUGGCACGAUCUCAGCUCAUUGCAAUCUCAACCUCUCUGGCUCAAGUGAUCCUCUUGUCUCAGCCUCCCUGGUAGCUGGGACCACAGGUAUGUGCCACCACUCCUGGAUAGUUUUUGUAUAUUUUGUAGAGAUGGGGUUUUACCAUGUUUCCCGGGCUGGUCUUGAGCUCCUGGGCUCAAGCAAUCCACCCACCUUGGCCUCCCAAAGUGCUGGAAUUCCAGGCAUGAGCCACUGUACCCGGCCUGCGUUGAUUUUAUUACUCCCAUUUACAGUUUCUUGGACCAGGUGCUUUGUUACGGCGUUUCUUACUUGCCACUACCCUUUGCUGCUACAUUCGCCCGCUCCCGUGCUGCUUUCUCUGACUUCCCUCCUCUGGCUGGAGUUUGCAGGUGGAAUGGGGUGGGGGUUGCAACUUCUGGGCCCCUCCACCUGAGACUGUCUUCCCACGGCCUUUUUUUGUGGCCGGCACCUGGGCUGGUUAUGGAAUUCUUGGGUACAGUGUCCCCUUCAGAGCUUGCUGGAAUGUGCUUCGUGGGAUUCUGGAGUUUUCUCUCGUGCCACCUGAGGCCCAUUCAUCUUUCUUCCUUCUGUGCCCACACCUGUCCCUUUCUUGCUGCCCCUCCUGGUUCUCCUCUCUCCAUCCACACCUGCCUUCCUCAGAUCUUCAAGUAAUUCCUUCCUCUCCCCUCCCAUACUCUCCCCUCUCAGGAACCAGACUGCAUGCCUACCUGAACGUCAGAGCUUACCAUAAUCUUCGGUCAGGCUGGUCUCAAACUCCCGGACUCAAGCAAUCCGCCCACCUCGGCCUCCCAAAGUGCUGGGAUUAUAGGCAUGAGCCAUUGUGCCCAGCAGAUUCCUGCAGAAAACUUUUGAUCAGGUCUACCCCAAUAUGCAGUUUGCAGCAGGGGAUGGGUAUUGUGCUGUGUUUUAUGAGAAUGUAACACAGUCCACACCGUAGAAAUCCAGAGGCAGAGCUUUCUAGAGACCCACUGUGGAAGAGGGGUGUGUAGAAUUAUUUCACAAAGUGUUAGUGAGAGAGAAAAAAUCCCUGUACCUAGGGCCAUUAUUGUUACUGAUGUAUUUCUAGAUGCUUCUUAGCUUUGUGGAAGUGGAAUAAACACUCACAGCUCACACAUUCCUGACCCUUCCUGUUGAAUGUCCUGAAUGUUGGCUUCUCUACAAGUCUUCACAACAGUGUUCUUGAAAUAUUUUCUCAAAUGUGAUAGUGAUUACGACUACACAUGACAGCUUGCCCAGGCAAAGUGCUAACAGGUCAGUAAAAUGUUAAAAUGCUUAAUUAAUGCUUGUGAGAUUCCAAAAUAUAUUCGCUGAUGCCACGAUAAUUCACUCAGCAUUCUACACAGAAACAUUGUCAUUAUUCAUAACAGGGGUUGGCAAAUCUGGCCAAUGGCCUAGUUUUGUAAAUAAAGUUUUAUUAGUACACAGCUAUUCCUACUUGUUUACACUUUGUCUGUGGCUGCUUUCAUGCCAGGAGGGUGGAGUUGAAUAGUUGCAGCAGAGACCAGAUGUGAUGGUUGGUUUUAUGUAUCAACUUGAUUGGGCCACGGGGUGCCCAGAUAUGUGGUUAAACAUUAUUUCUGGUGUGUCUGCAAGGGUGUGUCUGGAAGAGUUGGACGUUUAAAUGGUGGACUAAAUCAGAUGGCCCUAGUCAGUGUGGAUGGUGCAUCCAAUCCGUUGAAGGCAUGGUUAGAAUACAAUGGGGAGGAAGGUUGACUUUGCUCCCUGUCUGGCCUGUUGAGCUGGAACAUGGCUCUUCUCCUGCUCUCACUACUUCUUGUUCUCCAAACCUUAGACCAGGCCUGGCAUCUACUCCAUCAGUUCUCCCACACUCAGGCCCUCAAACUACACAGGCUUUCCUGGGUCUCCAGCCUGCACGUGGCAGAUCAUGGGACUUCUCAGCCUUCAGCCUCAGACUUCAUGAUCAUGUGAGUCAAUUCCUAAGAAUAAAUUAUAUAUAUAUAGACACACACGUAUCUACGUAUAUUCUUGUAUAUAUACACACAUGUACAUGUAGAUAUAUAUACACAUAUAUGCAGGUGUGUGGGUGUGUAAAUAUACACGUACAUGUACAUAUAUAUUCUAUUGAUCCUGUGUCUCUGGAGAAUGCUCAAGACUACACCAUGUGACCUGCAAAGCUAGAAUAGUUACUGUCUGGCCCUUUUCAAAAAAAUUUCCACUUCUGCUCUAUGUCCAGCAUGUAACUGGAGAUGAAGCGUUUGAACACAGCUUAUGAGGGUGGCAAGAAUGAAAAUCCUCUUUAUAUAACAAAAGAAAAUGAAAACCAAAACAGAACGAGGAACUCUGGCUUGCUCCCGAGUGUGUGUUCUGGUGUUCAUCAUUGAACAAUGUUUUUCCAUAAGCACAUGAUGAUGGCUAGAAAAAUAGUUUCUGAGGAGGUGAUUUUCCGUAAACAGACUGUCUUCUCCAACUAGAGUCAUCCUAAGCAACAGAGGACGCCUCAGAAAUGUUUCUCAACCUGCGCUUUGUGACCUAGUUUUCACGUGGAUUGAAGAAUGUGUUCAUGUAAUCUCCGGAGACAGACGUGGUCUCGGAAGACCUGGCUUCAUGGGCCAGUAGCAGAACCACGCGUGACCAUAGCCGAGCUUGGCCUCCCACGGCCUUGGUGUCCUGCCUGUACAAUGGACCCUCUGAGAAGCAGCCUUCUGGCGUCCUUUCCACCUCUGAAAGCCUGACCCUGUGGUUUCAGUCUAGCGGAAAUGUCGGCCUCCUUCUGACUCUACCCCUGAGCAUGUGAUGGUGGGAGGUUAAAACUAGGAGCUCUACCUGCAGAAUCCCUUCGUUGGGACGUAUGUUGCGCAUGGAAACGGUCGUUUGCUUUCCCAGGUGAGUGAGGAGCACCAGCAUCUGGGCCUAACAGCUAAAGCUUCUGUGGAAACAGGCAGGAGGAGGGCUCCGAGCUGGGAGAGGCCAGCCGGAAGGUCACCUCGGACCAGGGACACACAGUGUGCCCGAAUCGGUUUUGUAUUUAGAAAAAAAAGUACAGUGAAUCCAUGAUUUUAUUCAUAACACACUCAUUGCAGAUGAUUCGAACUGAUAGUUUUUAAAUGUCUGCGAAUCCCAGCCCCUCUCCAGCCUGCAGGCUGGCUCCGCUCUGAGUGGUGUGUCUGUUUGCUUUUCUGAUUUCGUGCUCCACAGGUCCUGGGUGUGUCCGGCUGGGGAGCGGCAGUGACGAGGUGACUUAGUCCAGUGUACCCUACACAACAGCGUGAUUUAUUCCUUGGAGUAAGUGGACUGCAGUUCACGUGGCGCAUUGCCAGGAGCACCUCGAAUUGAGGUAAAAUGGCUCUGAGGUCCUAUCUAGCUCCUGACGCAGUGGCUGAGAGGUUAAAUAAGACAAAGAUUGAUUCACCCAGCCUGGCUCUCCGUGACGGCUCCGUUAGUGAUGGGUAUCCUUACAGCAGAGGGAAAGCUGCUGGAAAAGGGCGGAGAUAUAUCCCACUGUAUCUGAGUGUGGGCAUUUAUUUUGAUUAAGGGACUGUGGAAAUCAGUGUUUGGAUUAGGAUUCUGAGAGGCUGAGGACUUCACUGGUUCAUAAGUGGCCACACGGGUAAUUAAUGGCAGAAUGGCCUUCAAUCUUUUCUUCCUUUUAACUGAAAAUCUACUGAAAGAGCAGAGUGUUCUAAUCAGUGUCCCUUAAUGACACUGACACCCAUGGAAAGCCGAAACGCUUUGGCACUGCAACCACGGCCUGGACUCCAUGUCCACCUGGAGGCCUCAUGGCAGGUACAGGCAGGAGGCUUAGGAGGAGUGGCAGAGCACAGGGGUCUUGUAGGCUCAAACCUGUAAACCUGUAAACCUGUGUCAAAAAUCAUGCAGAACUUGGCCUAGCACGGUGGCUCAUGCCUGUAAUCCCAGCACUUUGGGAGGCUGAGGCGGCUGGAUCACCCGAGGUCAGGAGUUCGAGACCAGCCUGGCCAACAUGGAGAAACCCUGUCUCUACUAAAAAUACAAAAAUUAGCUGGGUGUGGUGGUGGGAGCCUGUAAUCCCAGCUACUAGGGAGGCUGAGGCAGGAGAAUCACUUGAACCUGGGAGGCGGAGGUUGCAGUAGGCUAAGGUCAUGCCAUUGUGCUCCAGCCUAGGCAACAAGAGGGAAACUCAUCUCAAAAAAAAAAAAAAAUCAUGUAGAACUUGGCAAUGAAGAUGAAGUUGGGAAGCCUGGACUAUUCACUAAGGCCGUGCCAAUCACCUUUGUCAGUUGCCGAUGACAAGGUGAGGGAAUUAGACUUACUAACUCUAAGUAAAGGUAUAGCAGAAGCUCGUGCGAGAGCAGCAGGAAGUUGGGAUGCUCAAGGCUGACUGUAGCUGUUCUCUGCUGGGAAGCUGCAGGUCUUGUUCCAGGUCGGGUCUUGGCAUCUUCUAGCAGAUUUGGGAAGAACAUGCCCAGUGAUUCUGAGAAACUGUGUUGUCUUGUACCCUCUGGGGCUGGCAUUUGUCCAGUGCAGAAUUUCCUAAACUUGGUUCUGUUGAACGGUCUCCUGGGACCCAUCACAGAUGGCCUCUCCAUGUCACUACCACUCACACGCAAAGGAUCCUUGUGGUCACACAAGUUUGGGAACGUCAUAUGCCACUUACCUCCCUCAGCCUGACUGUGCUUAUUCGCACACUGAAGGCUUGGGCAGUCCUGCAGCGGCGUGUUUAACUUUGGGUUACAGGAGGCUUCUCGAACUUUUCAGAGCCAGCCCUGUUUUCCGUAGCCCCACGGUGAGCGUCAGCUCUUCUGCAGACUCUACUGUGGGCAACGCUGUCAGAAGGGAAUCCAUAAAUCCUAAAAACGUUGCUUCUCCCAUAAAAUCUAGUCUCUUUUUCUUUUUAGGGUAUAUUAGUUUCAAACAGGUGAAAGCCUGGGGUUACGUGGCAUUUGAUAAUUUUUAAUUUGUUCAAUAUUUUACUUUAAACAGCAUAUUACUUUUUAUGCUCCUAUCCAUUUACUGGAAAAAUGAAAUGUCCUUGUUAUUUCAUAGGGGAGCACACAGUUCAUUGCUUAAUGAAAUAAACGAAUCUUUGUUAAUCUAUCAGAAACUACCACCCAGAUGACAAUAGUUCUUUUUUGUGUGUUUUUUUUUGUUUGUUUGUUUUGUUUUUUUGAGACAGAGUCUCACUCUAUUGCCCAGGCUGGAGUGCAAUGGCGCUAUCUCUGCUCCUUGCAGCCUCCGCCUCCUGGGUUCAGGCGAGUCUUCUGCCUCAGCCUCCCCAGUAGCUGGGAUUACAGGUGUCCACCACCACACUUGGUGAAUUUUUGUAUUUUUAGUAGAGAUGGGGUUUUGCUUUGUUGGCCAGGCUGGUCUUGAACUCCUGACCUCAAGUGAUCCAUCCACUGCCUCGGCCUCCCACAGUGCGGGGAUUACAGGUGUGAGCCACUGCAUUGGGCCUGACAAUGGUUUUAAGUUGACUGGAGAUCUGUGUUUAGGAGCAUGCUUGCAGGGGCUUGCACCGUUGCAGGCAGGGAGGGAGAGCUGGCUGGGCAGGCACUUGGAGCCCUCUGAGACGGAACAGCACACCCCCAAUGUGGAGUGGAUUCCGGCCUGGCCUUCCCUGCUGAGCUCCGAGGCUCCUGUCCAUGGUGCAGUCUAAGGGCGCCAAAGAGUGGCUGAAGGGGCUGUCAGGGUUGAUAAAGGAGGCCCAGGACCCCUCAGUGCAGAGGAAGAUCUGGGACCAGAGGCAGGAGCUCUCAAGCACUGCCUCCUCCCAGCAGGUGCCCACUGCCAUCUCUGCCUCCCCAGGCUCUGCGUGGAGCUGGGCACACGAUUGAUGAAAUUAAUGUGUGGAUCGGAUCAUCAGCGCGGUGCCGUGGGUAGAAAUACAACUUUUUAAGCCAGACAGUCUGGGUUUGAGCAGCCAGUUCCCCAUGGUGAGACUCUGGGUGAGGUCAUGGGACCAUUUAUAGCUGUGUUUCUGCAUCUGCAGCAAGUGAUAACUUCUGCCUUGCAGGUUACUGUGAGGAGGAAAUGGCCUGUUACAGCCCUGGGCGUCGUGACGAUGGUGCCACUGACUAUGUCGCACCUCUGCAGGCUGGGCCUUGGGAGGACGUUUCCUACAAUAUCCUUGCUCCCUGCCGGGCCUUCUCCUGGGCAGGGACAUCCCCUGGCUUUGAAAUUCCUACCCUUGGUCAGGGCCUCUGGCUGCUCAGUUUAUUGAUUAAAUAUGGGAUUGUUGGGCCCAGGGGAGGCAGUUGUUCAGCCCAACAUGGGCCAAUACCUCUUCUUUGAGUUGGAAAAGCGCUCUUGGGUUUAAUUAGGGCUGACACUGAACAUUACUCAGAGGCAGGCAUGAGGGAGGCUAAACAGAACUGAUGGCACAGCAACUACUUAACCAAAGGCAGGAAGGCCCUGGGUGUCAGGGGCUGGCGCGCCUCUCCUGGCACUGCUGAUGGGCCGGGAGACCAGGCUGAGGCCACCUGUCUAGUUAGGACCAUCCAGGACCUCAGCACACGUCACCUUGAUUUUAUUUUUAGCUGAUUUCCAAUUGUUUUUACAUCGCCCCAGUUCUGUGUGUAUUUCUAAGUGUCAGUAGGAAUGACACCGCUGCUAUUUUUGGAGAGCUGGGUUGGCUUUGGGCGUGACAUCCUUCAUCCACACAGCGGCCAGGCACAGUCGUGGCUCCUCCAUUUGACAGAGGAGACUGCGGCUCCAGUACAGGUGCCAGGAAGUGGCAGAGCCAGGGCUUGACCCAGCUUGGAGGGUCAUUCAGCGCCUGGAAUUGACCACUGCCUGCAGCAGGAGAACGGCCUUCCCGGACGCUGUCCUCACUGGGAGCUCUGGGCUCUUCUGGUGAACAGCCGUGGUGCUGGCAGAGCCAAGGAUGAGGGGGUGCCGAGGGGUCAGGGCCAUGAGCCAUCCACCCAGACGCCAGGGAGGAGGCAGUGGGGCUGAGUUGGCUCUCAAGGGCACUGGCCCUGGGUGAGGGGAAACCACCCUAGCCUGGGGGAUGGCAAGUACCAUCGAAAAUGCCCAUGCGCCUGGAGAGCAUGGUGGGGACUUGGCCAUGCCUAAAGGGGCCCCUCUCUGGGACCACUUCAUGAGGCCACAGGACACCUUCAGGUGGGGUCUCAGGGAGAUACCUCUCCUUUCCCUCCUGAAGUGGAGGGUGAGGGGCCGAAGCCCUGUCCAUUGGCUUAGCCAGAUCCUGACACUUUCCUGAGCAGAGGAUGCGUGUGUGGUGUGUUUGUGACAUGUGUGAAUGUGAUGUGUGUGGUGUAUGUAGCAUGUGCGCUAUGUAUGUGUGUGUGAUGUGUGUGUAGUGUGUGAUAUAUGUAGUGUGUGUGGGAUGUGUGUUGUGUGGUUGUGUUGUGUGGUGGGUUGGAGGGGUGUGCAUGCAUGAAUGUGAUGUGUGUGGGAUAUGUAGUAUGUAUGCUAUGGGUGUGUGUGUGAAGUGUGUGGUGUAUGCAGUGUGUGUGGGAUGUGUGUUGUGUAUGUGUUGUGUUAUUGUGUUUUGUGGUGGGUGUGGAGGGGUGUGCAUGCAUGAAUGUGAUAUGUGUGGUGUAUGUAGUAUGUGUGCUGUGUGUGUGUGGUGUAUGUAGUGUGUGUGGGAUGUGUGUUGUGUAUGUGUUGUGUUAUUGUGUUUUGUGGUGGGUGUGGAGGGGUGUGCAUGCAUGAAUGUGAUAUGUGUGGUAUAUGUAGUGUGUGUGUGUGGGGUGUAUAUGGAGUGUGUGUGGGAUGUGUGUUGUAUGUAUCAUGUAUGGAGUGUAUGUGGUAUAUGUUGUGUGUUGUGUAUGUGUUGUAUGUGUCAUGGGUGUGGAGGAGUGUGCAUGCAUAAAUAUGAUAUGUGUGGUAUAUGUAGUAUGUGUGCUGUGUAUGUGUGUGUGGUGUAUGGAGUGUAUGUGGGAUGUGUGUUGUGUGUAUCGUGUAUGGAGUGUGUGUGGGAUGUGUUGUGUGUUGUGUGCGUCGUGGGUGUGGAGGGGCGUGUGUGCAUGAAUGUGAUAUGUGUGGUGUAUGUAGUGUGUGUGUGUGGGGGUGUGUAUGGAGUGUGUGUGGGAUGUGUGUUGUGUGUGUGUGGGAUGUGUUGUGUAUUGUGUAUGUGUUGUGUGUGAGUGGUAGGUGUGGAGGGGUGUGUGCGGGGAGUCCUCCAGGUACUACACAGAAGGUCUCAGGCCCCGAAAAGUAGCCGUGUUUGCUGUGUCCGUAUUUGUUGUGCUGAGAGGCCACAGACGCUUCGGGACCCAAGCCUGCGAUUAUUCUAGUCAAUAAUCACUUUUUCCCUAGAGUUUUCCAAAGUAAAAUCUUACUUUUUUUUUAACAGAGUCUCGCUCUGUCACGAGGCUGGAGUGCAGUGGCGCGAUCUUGGCUCACUGCAAACUCCUCCUCCCAGGUUCAAGUGAUUCUCCUGCCUCAGCCUCCAGAGUAGCUGGGACUACAAAUGCACCCUGCCACACCCAGCUAAUUUUUGUAUUUUUAGUAGAGACAAGGUUUCACGAUGUUGGUCAGGAUGGUCUCAAUCUCUUGACCCUGUGAUUCGCCUGCCUUGGCCUCCCAAAGUGCUGGGAUUACAGGUGUGAGCCACCAAAUCUUACUCUUUUAUAUAUAAAAAAAAAGGCCCCUCUGUUACUCACAUUCUUUUGUGUUCUUCCCCCUCCUCUCACUAGAUCAAGCUCAGAGAGUGCUCGCCGGGGCAGUGGCCGGAUGCCCAUGUGUGUCCCCUUCCUCAGCAGCCAGUUCCUUCCCAGACGUUGGUCAUGGCGGACCCUUACCAGCCCGCAUUCAUUUUUGUGUACAUCUUACACAUACAUCACUCUGUGUAUUUUAGAUACUGGGGAAGUUUAAUCUCUUAUUUGUAAAAACCCAGUAUUUUCCCCACACCCUGGAGAGUUACCUUGUGCCCGCAGGGUGUCACUUCUUAUUUGGGGGCCACUGGCCCAAUAACUCAACUCGACUCAUGUUGUUUCUUCUAACUACAUCACCCUAGAUUCAUGUGCAAUGAAUUUUCACCUCCCAGCCAGCAGUAAAUAUAGUUAAGUCAAGUGCACAUAACAUAUCUCAGUGCAGGCUACUCAUGAAAAAACCCGCAUUGAAACACCUGGCCAAAUCCUUCGACAUUGAUGGCUUCAGAAUCGAGCUCUCCAGUUCUGGGGAGUUGGCUGUCACAGAGACACCUGCAGCUCCAGGGAAUGUCACAUCACCACCUCUUCCUGCCCUCCCUCGGCUAAGAGGAACCCUAAGCUUUCUCCUUCCUCAUUCCCUCUGCCUGGUUAACCACUGAGUCCCGAUGAAUUUACUACCUUGAUAUUCUUCAGGUGGCUCCACUGUCACCAGCAUGACCUUAGUUUCAGUUGCUAGCGGGUCUAGUUUGGGCAUCCAGUGCCCCGAAUCCUCCAUCUGUGGACAGAAAUAGCUGGUUUACAAAGUCUUCUCCAAGAGCUGACAUGACUUUCCAGCUGUGCUGGGGUCCCCUCUAACAGCAGAGAGGUGACUGUGAGCAUUGGCAAUGCAAGGAGGCCCCACAAACUCCACUGCUUUGGACAGAUGACCCGGCAGCCAUCAGAUUUGCAUCAGAGAGCUCGGUGCCAGGAAGGGACUCUUGGAUGUGACCAGAGGGAGGAGGGGCCGAGGUCACCCCUCCGAUGAGAGUCACGUCUCCCAGUUUGUCCCGUUCCCCCUCCAUUGCGGCUGCACGAUGAGUGCUGGAAGAAGAGCACACGAUGGUUUCAUCCCACAGACACGGACGGGGCAUCUUUAAUGUCCUCCCCCAGAUAAAGAGUCAAGUGUUUUUGUGUUGACUGAUCCUAUUUGGAAGGAAGGGCUCCUUUGGGCCUGAGGCAGCACACACUGGGAGGUGGGGUGGGCACCGGCAUGGGGAGCACCUGGCAGUGAGCACGCAGAGAGGUGAAGCUAUUUGUUUGUGGCCACGUGGGACAAAGGCCCUACUGAGGCUACCAUCUUGGGUAACCACACCAACCUGCCCUCCCUCUUCAGAGGGCAGGAAAAAGGCAACUCAGCCUCUUGUAGGCUCCGUUCUCUCUUAGGCCUGCGUUCACAUCCAGCUGGAGAGAGGGUCCAAUGCAGGCACCUGGUGUUUUAGGGAAUCCCCAGGGUUUAAAUGCAGCUCAGCACUUUCGUGUGGGUUUGCAGAAUGGGGUCUUCUUGUAAGCUUUUAUUUUAGGUUCGGGGGUACGUGUGAAGGUUUGUUACAUAAGUAAACUCGUGUCAUGGGGGUUUGUGGUACAGAUUAGUUCAUCUGUACCCAGGUAUGAAGCUCAUUACCCAACAGUUAUCUCCACUGCUGCUCUCCCUCCGCCCGCCUUCCACAAUGAAGUAGACCCAGUGCUGGGAGAACGGUGUGUUCACAAACGCGAUGUGUGCCUGGUGGAAAUUAUUGCUUUCUCCCUCUCUGCUUUCCCCCACUGAAAUGCUGACCUGGAAAACAUCAAUCUUGCUCUCACAUAAAGCAUUUUUUCUGGGACUGACAGUCAAAGGUCUGAUGUAGAAAUUGAAAUUUCACACUCUGAAGGGCCCAAACGGCUCCAGAGGUCAGUGGGCAGUUGGACCCACUGGUGAGUCACGGGGAGAGAUGCCACCCCGAAUUAACAUCAGCAGACACUUGUGCGUCAGAGGUUCUGUGCACUAAAAACGUUUGGUUGACAUCUGUGCCCCCCCACCACCCCAGCACACAUUCAACUCUUUUAGGCUGAGGGGCACGUCCCGCUCAUCUGGUGAAUACAUCAGCUGAAUGCAAUCUGCUUUCACAAACAGAUGUCCCAGGAGGGUCGGGGGCGGGCCACAGUGAACACUGGUUAGAAGUUACCGGAAGGCUUUUUAUGAAGUUCUUGUUUUGUAGGGUGGGGAGUAGAAUGGCCAGAGAAUUUACUUCAAUUGAAACACACCUAAUUUGGGUGCUUGAACUAGGUAUCUAAAAAUAUUUUUCAAGUCCUCAUCCACAGGGAGAGUUUCUGUUUCCCAUCUGCUUAUUUUCUCAGUCGGUCUUCCUGAAAAGACCAGCAAGAAGUGGCACAGGAUCAGCGUGUGACCCUGGCCAGCCCGACAGGGGAGGCCAGGCCCAUGGCUCCCGGGAUGCUCUGAGGGAUCUCACCCCACGCAGGCGCACGGAGCCACUGCAGCCCUUGUGGACGGAGAACGCUGCCACGUGGCAUGGCGGCUGCCUGCUUCUUCCUGCCUGUUGGUUCCUUUUUGUUUCAGGCCUGCAGGUGUAAUGGCUACACUGUGAGCAAUGCACACAGCAGUGGCAUGUGGUGACAACGGCCAGGCUGUGGUUGUGGUGAUUUGUUACUGAGCAAAAAAAAAACCCCAAAGACAUCUGCUCCCCGGCAGAGGCAGCCAAUGGCAGCCUGGACGCUUUAUUGCUCACAUUCUUUCUGUGUUAGUAACUUUCCCCUCCUUUCUGCGAAUCUCAGAUGCCUCAGAGGGAUGUUUAAAUUGCUAUUGGAUCCCAGGAGACACUGCUAUUUCCUAGUCAGUGUUUCCCUGCCUUGCAUUACUCCCAUGCAAAGCAUCUCCCUCCAGGAGCGCCCAGCUGAGCCCUAUGACUGUCAUUAUCCAUGCAGAUGUGCGGCAGAACAAGUGACUCAAGCCCCAGCCCUCCAUGGGGUCUCUAUCGGGUUAGAGCUCUCAGAAAGCACAGUAUUGGGACCUGGAAUGAGCAAUAUCCCACGGCUGAGAAGGGACAAAUGGCACCGGCUUGGAGAUGAUGGGGAAUGCCAAGGAGGCAAAGUGACACAGAAUUAGAGAGAGAUCACAAAGGCUUCUUCAGAUCUCAAUCCCAGCCUUGACUCCAACAAGCUCUGUGGGCCCUAGCAGGUGCUUUCACUCCCUUAGCUUGUUUAGAUGGAGGGGGUGGGACUCCACCACUUCCCAGGCCCCUCCAACUUUCCUGGUGUAAUUCUGUGGUCUUUGAGAGCUUGCAUUCCAGAAGCUGAGGAAUGCUUCCACAAGGAAAUGCCCAGAAGACCAACGAAACCACCAAGAACGCCUCAUCCAGAAAGAACGAUGUGGUGGCCGAGCCCUGGGGUGCCCUGGUCUCUGCCUCCUGAUACUCACGCUCUUGUGUGAUCUCCUCUGCUGGGGUGUGAGGGUAAUCUGCAGCUGGCUUCUGAUCAACAGAAGAUGGCACAGGAUAAGAGGUGUCUUCCUUUCAUUUCAUUAUAUGAGACUCUGUCAUAGCUGACUUCUGGGAGAAGCUCGCUUGCUGGCCGUGAAGAAGGAAGCCGCCAUAUUGUGUGACAUCUAUGGAGAAGGCCACAUGGCACAGAGCCAUGCCCAUCCUCCAGGAGCCGUGCCCACACUCCUAGCCCAAAGGAACCAGGAGACACCAAAUGCGUGUUGUUUAAUGCCAUUGAGGUUGUGGUGAUUUCUUACUCAGCAAAAACAAAACAAAACACCCCAAAAAGCAACAAUAACAACAAACCACUGAUCCAAUGGAUGCUUGGUCAUGCCCAGAGUGGCCCUAGCUCAGUGGUAGCCUGGGUAGACAGCCACUCUCUCGGGUGCACUGCAGGAGGCUCACGCUGUUCAGAUGGAACAGGACAUCACCUAAACUCCUGCCAUGUUGAAGGCAAGGUGGAGAGAUGGGAGCAAAAGAGUGACAGUUCCCACAGGACACGUAAGCCAGAGGACUGGCUAUUGUAUUGGCCAGAAGUGGGGACCACGAUGACUGCUCCUGGGGCAGUGAGGGCAGCCCGCUCCUUGGGCAAGCCCUGAAGUGGAGGGGGUCAGGGGUGGCCCACAUCAGCCACACAGUGGCAACAACAGCCUGGGGAUCAGACAAGGGGACAAGGCUUGUUGGAGCAGUGACUGCAGGAGCGUUCUGGGACACCAGGAGUAAGGGACAAGGGCAGGAAGACGGAGCUGCCUGGAAUCAAGGUGGACACUUGGAGUGCAAGUGCUGAGGCUGGAACACAGAAUGGCCUUUGCACCCAGCCGCAGGACCAGGGACACCCAGGAUCCCCACAUCAUGGGUGGGAGAAGUGUCUUUAGGUGGGUGACCCAAGUCCCAUCAGCGAGAGCCAAAGUCCAGUCGUGUCCAGUGGGGCAAGAGGAAAACCAAGAUGAUCGUCAGAGAGCACUCCAGACUCUCCAAGUGAGAAUGGAUUGGAAAGAUGCUGACCGCCCAUGGGUCAUUCUGCUUCUGGCCCUGCCCAUGUGCGCAGGCAGCCGAGAAGCCAGGGCAGCGCCCUUGACAGGUCCACAGGGGACACGGUAGCCUUGCGGGGCGGUUUGUUUCCCAGGUGAGCUUCGUGUGAGCAACGGUGGACGAGACGCUGCCUGAUGGCUGUGGUGCUUUAAUUUCUAUGUCAAAAUUUCUCAAAUCUACAGACACGUCUGCGUGAGAGGGGUGUUGGCGCGGGCGCUCUACCUGCAUGCAGUGCCUCACGGAGGUGUCUUGUCGUGAUUUGCGGAAUCGCGUCAUCUGUCUGUGUGUUUGUCCCAGGCGUGAGCCCACAUCGCUGUGGGUAGUUAAGCCUGGCCUGCCUCUGCUCCUCCUGUGUUCUAAGAAAAGCAGAGCCUGCAAGGCUGGAGUUCACUUUUCUCCACGUAAGCUUCCAAAUACAUUUAAGUCAGUCAAUAUUAACAAAAAUGGAAAAAAAAAACCACCAAAGGAUCUUUUUGUGGUCUAAUUUGCAUUCUUCAGCCUUUCACCUAUACCGCCCUGUGUGAGCCCCUCGCUAGCCUGGUGGGCCGGUCUUAUCCUGGGAGACCAGAACCCGAGGCUCAGACCGGUAACUUGCCCAGAGUCUCAGAGGUUGGCAGCGGCACCCCCAGGAUGCCCUCUGCAGCCCAGCGUGUUUUGGUUCGUUUGGGGGCCCACGUACUGCUUUAUGGUCAAGCUGCGUGGCAUGGAUGAAAAUACACGUCUCACUUGGCAUUCUGCAUGACACGGCCACAGAAACAGCGAGACUGACUGUAGAAGACUGUGGGAAUCUGUCCCCUGAGCCCGUUCUUUUGUCCUGACAACUGUCACUUGGACACGUGACAGCCGCGUGAUGUGAGUAAAUGUGAUGUAGGCAGCGCUUGAUUGACAGGCUCGAUGAUCUGCAGCUGGCGCUCCCUGCCUCGGUGGCCUUUGAAAGUCUUCUGCCUUGGGAGGGCUGACCCUCCACGAAGGAGGAGCGGCUGUGAAACACCAGGAGACAGCACCGGUGCUGUGCGUCAGGGACCACGAAGACGGCACGCUUCCUCUGGGGUGUCUGGUGUGCCGCAGGCACCCCGAUGCGAUGUGUUGAUUCAUGUGAGCAAAGGGGUUUCUAGCUCAGCCAGGUGACAUUUGAUGCAUGUGGGAUCCAGGACGUGGCCCCCUCCUGGGUGUAAGACUUGCUUCCACCUGAGGGCAGGGCUGUCUGGCAGAUCCCAGGGAAGGGGCUGGGCGCAUCCUCUACAUGUUGGCUUCACUCUGGGUUGGUGAGAAAUGGGAUUUGUGGUCACAAGGCUGAAAGAAAGGCCCCUGUGAGAGGCUGUGGCUGCAGAUACAUCACAGCCUGAAGCCAGGUGCUGCUCGGGGCCCCAGGAGCCUUCAGCCAGAGCGGCGUUGACGAGGGGUCUUGACGGCUGUGUUCCAUGGCAAGUCCAUGCACAGGUGUGGCGUCGCUCGUGCCGCACAGCCAGGGAAGCUGUUCAGCCGCUUGGCACCUCAGUCCUCGUCUCACCUGAGGCAACUCACCAGCUCCAGUGCUUCCAGAAUGGCUAUGCUGUGACACUCUGUAGAUGAGGAAGAGGGGCCCAGAGAUGGAAGGAAACUGUAUCGCCAGGUGGCUUGAGCAAGAAAAGAAACAUUUCCGUCCCCACUGGAAGGACCACUUUCCCGUUCUUUUGAGAAGCUCUGAGCAUAGUCGGAACAGUUCAGAGCUGCCUCUGGACUACCUGCUUUUCCUUGCCUGAGGCCUCUGGCACAUCUCCCCUUUGAGGCUCAAAGUUUCUACACUUGAUCUGACUCAGAGGUGAAUCUUCUUCAAUUUUCUGUUUGUCUGAAUGAGAUGUGCUCAGCUUCGUGGUGCUAUUGAGAAUAAGAACAAAGCAUCUCUUUGUCUUCAGAGCACUUGCCCUGGCAGCUCUUGACAGCUCGGGCUCUGAAUGAACGUUCCCAAUACUUCGUUUGUUAUUAAAGUGGAAUUCUUGGUCCAUCUCCACACUGAAUCUAAUGCUUGUGGAAAGAUUCAUCUUAGCCCACCUGUAGAACUUGGUUUAUACGCAAGAGACCUUGAGACUCUUUGAAUUCGAAUGUUGGAAGCCUUCAAAAUGCAAGAAAAAUGUCAGGACAUUCUUUUUUUUUUUUGAGAUGGAGUGUUGCUCUUGUCGCCCAGGCUGGAGUGCAAUGGGGUAACCUCAGCUCGCUGCCACCUCUGCCUCCCAGGUUCAAGCGAUUCUGCCUUCUCAGCCUCCGGAGUAGUUGGGAUUACACGCAGCCACCACGAUACCUGGCGAAUUUUUUUGUAUUUUUAGUAGAGAUGGGGUUCCACCAUGUUGUCCAGGCUGGUCUCAAACCCCUGACCUCAAGUGAUCCACCCGCCUCGGCCUCCUGAAGUGCUGGGAUUAUGCCACUGUGCCCAGCCAAAGUCAGUACAUUCUGUUUUUCGGAGAAAGAGGAAAAGCAUGAGGAAUCCAAUUUAUCUUGAGGGUUCAUGAAAAGAAAGACACUCCGAUACCCUGAGUCUGACGUCUACUCUCAGCUGUCUGUUUGAUGCUGCUGGAAUGUUUCUUUCCUCAGUCCUUUGGGACCACUCAAAAUAAGUGAUUAUAAAAUCAAUCCUUUCCUUCACAAAUUAAGGCAGAGAAGUGAACUAAAGUAUUUUAAAUGAGAAAGUUGAAAAAAAAAAGUUUUCUGGAUAGCUCCACUUUUCUAGAAAAUUCUAUCAAUCUGUGACCUCCAUGUCCCUGACGCUGAGAUUUCUGGCACCUUUGUCUCAGCUUUCUGUCUGUCUGUGGUUGGCUUACAGCCCUGAACCUAAGGUUAGCAGCAGACCUAGAAUUUAAAACUAGAGCUUGUUUUUAAAACUCAGGCACGGAAGCUCGCCCUCGUACCUCAGCCUUCCUCAGGAAGGGAUUCUCAUUGUCUUCCUGAGCAUCUGAGGUCUCUCUGGUGAUUCACAGGAUACUCUUGGCUUCCCUACUAGACUGGUCAGCUCUGGUGCUUAGAACUGGAUGGGCUGCCCUUAAGCCUUGCCUGGGAUGGAGUGCAGGGGACAGGCACCCCUGAUGCCCAGGAGCCCGUCCCUCGGGUCACCUUCCAGAUGCAGCACCCCAACGAAACACCAUGAAGACGAAUGUUUCCUGUGGUCGUCCCGCUUCUGGUAGGUCACGUCGUGCCAAGUACUGAGUAGAAAAAUAGUUUUUCAACACAUAUGCCCUGUAAAAAAUUCUCAGGAAAGAAGAACACAUGGAACAUCUUAGAAAAUUAAUUAAUCCACCUCAAGUCCUCUUCCUCCAAUGCCUACGAGAGCUAAUUGCUGAGAGAGAAAACGCUGAGAGCCAAUUGCUGAGAGUCAGGCGAAUGCACAUGCCGAAGAUAUAAACCAGCAGGGGACGACUUUGGGGAACAUUUUUAAAACAAAGCAUAUUCCGAUGCGUUUGAAUUGUGCAUUGGUGAGGAGAUUCAGACUUUCCACCACUGGAGCAGCCACGGCUGCUGUGUGUGUUUAAGGGCAACACACAUGUUUCAAGGAUUUUGUUUUGUAUAUUUGUUUUCCCUACAGAGCUGGGAUUUGCAAGGCAAACAUGCCUCUUACUUUAGAGGAAUGGGCUUUGAAGACGGAGAAAUAAAACACCAAAAUCACGUAACAUUUAUGAACGUAAUUUCUUUCUGAUUUCAUGAUAAUUUUAAUUAAAAUGAGAGGAACCCAUGAGAUGAUUAUAUGUCUGGUGAGCAGAAAGUCCUGAGCAACUCUCCCUCUUGAGGAAGGCUGAGGUAUGAGGGCGAGCUUCCAUGCCUGAGUUUUAAAAACAAGCUCUAGUUUUAAAUUCUAGGUCUGCUGCUAACCAGCUGUAGAUGUUGGGAAGUCAUCCUCUUCAUCGGCAAACGCUUAAAAGGAAUACUUGCUUACAGGGUUUUUGCACUUUGAAAUCCAGCUAUGCAACUCAUUAUUUCUUUCAGCUGUGGCCACAUUCAGGAUCCCAGGGUGUACUAAAAUCUCUUUGAAAAUCAGAAAGCAAAGAGGAAGGAAGAAACAUUGCCGUUUCCCUGUUCCCAGCGUGGUCGAAGGAUGCCGAGUGAUGGAAAGUUACAUUGAUUAAUGCGAUUCCUGUGCGCUCUCCGAUCUGCCAGAUUCUACAUAAACUCUUUCCCUACCCAGUCUUUGUGAUUCGUGCUUUCUCUGUUUUUUUUUUUUUUUUAAUUUUUUUAUUGGAUUAUAGGUUUUGGGGUACAUGAGCAGAGCAUGCAAGACAGUUGCAUAGGUACACACAUGGCAGUGUGCUUUGCUUUUCUUCUCCCCUUCACCCACAUUUGGCAUCUCUCCCCAGGCUAUCCCUCCCCACCUCCUCCUCCCACUGGCCCUCCCCUUUUCCCCCCAAUAGACCCCAGUGUUUAGUAUUCCCCUUUCUGUGUCCAUGUGUUCUCAUUUUUCAUCACCCACCUAUGAGUGAGAAUAUGCGGUGUUUCAUUUUCUGUUCUUGUGUCAGUUUGCUGAGGAUGACGUUCUCCAGAUUCAUCCAUGUCCCUACAAACGACACAAACUCAUCAUUUCUGAUUGCUGCAUAAUAUUCCAUGGUGUAUAUGUGCCACAUUUUUCCAAUCCAGUCUAUUAUCAAUGGGCAUUUGGGUUGAUUCCAGGUCUUUGCUAUUGUAAACAGUGCUGCAAUGAACAUUCGUGUACAUGUGUCCUUAUAGUAGAACGAUUUAUAGUCUUUUGGAUAUAUACCCAGUAAUGGGAUUGCUGGGUCAAAUGGAAUUUCUAUUUCUAAGGCCUUGAGGAAUCGCCACACUGUCUUCCACAAUGGUUGAACUAAUUUACACUCCCACCAACAGUGUAAAAGUGUUCCUUUUUCUCCACAUCCUCUCCAGCAUCUGUUGUCUCCAGAUUUUUUAAUGAUCGCCAUUCUAACUGGCGUGAGAUGGUAUCACAAUGUGGUUUUGAUUUGCAUCUCUCUGAUGAGCAGUGACGAUGAGCAUUUUUUCAUAUGAUUGUUGGCCUCAUAUAUGUCUUCUUUCGUAAAGUAUCUGUUCAUAUCCUUUGCCCACUUUUGAAUGGGCUUGUUUGUUUUUUUCCUGUAAAUCUGUUUGAGUUCUUUGUAAAUUCUGGAUAUCAGCCCUUUGUCAGAUGGGUAGACUGCGAAAAUUUUUUCCCAUUCUGUUGGUUGCCAAUCCACUCUAGUGACUGUUUCUUUUGCCGUGCAGAAGCUGUGGAGUUUGAUUAGGUCCCAUUUGUCUGUUUUGGCUUUUGUUGCCAAUGCUUUUGGUGUUUUGUUCAUGAAGUCCUUGCCUACUCCUAUGUCCUGGAUAGUUUUGCCUAGAUUUCCUUCUAGGGUUUUUAUGGUGCCAGGUCUUAUGUUUAGGUCUUUAAUCCAUCUGGAGUUAAUUUUAGUGUAAGGUGUCAGGAAGGGGUCCAGUUUCUGCUUUCUGCACAUGGCUAGCCAGUUUUCCCAACACCAUUUGUUAAACAUGGAAUCCUUUCCCCAUUGCUUGUUUUUGUCAGGUUUAUCAAAGAUUGUAUAGUUGUAUGUAUGUUGUGUUGCCUCCGGUGCCUCUGUUUUGUUCCAUUGGUCUAUAUCUCUGUUUUGGUACCAGUACCAUGCUGUUUUGAUUACUGUAGCCUUGUAGUAUAGUUUGAAAUCUGGUAGUGUGAUGCCCCCCGCUGUGUUCUUUUUGCUUAGAAUUGACUUGGCUAUGCAGGCUCUCUUUUGGUUCCAUAUGAAGUUCAUGGUGGUUUUUUCCAGUUCUGUGAAGAAAGUCAAUGGUAGCUUGAUGGGGAUAGCGUUGGUUCUGUAAAUUACUUUGGGCAGUAUAGCCAUUUUCACGAUAUUAAUUCUUCCUAACCAUGAACAUGGAAUGUUUCUCCAUCUGUUUGUGUCCUCUCUGAUUUCGUUGAGCAGUGGUUUGUAGUUCUCCUUGAAGAGGUCCCUUACGUUCCUUGUCAGUUGUAUUCCUAGGUAUUUUAUUCUUUUUGUAGCAAUUGCGAAUGGCAGUUCGCUCUUGAUUUGGCUUUCUUUAAGUCUGUUAUUGGUAUAUAGGAAUGCUUGUGAUUUUUGCACAUUGAUUUUAUAUCCUGAGACUUUGCUGAAGUUGUUUAUCAGUUUCAGGAGUUUUUGGGCUGAGGCAAUGGGGUCUUCUAGGUAUACUAUCAUGUCGUCUGCAAAUAGAGACAAUUUGGCUUCCACCUUUCCUAUUUGAAUACCCUUUAUUUCUUUUUCUUGCCUGAUUGCUCUGGCUAGAACUUCCAGUACUAUAUUGAAUAGGAGUGGUGAGAGAGGGCAUCCUUGUCUAGUGCCAGAUUUCAAAGGGAAUGCUUCCAGUUUUUGCCCAUUCAGUAUGAUAUUGGCUGUUGGUUUGUCAUAGAUAGCUUUUAUUACUUUGAGAUACAUUCCAUCGAUACCGAGUUUAUUGAGGGUUUUUAGCAUAAAGGGCUGUUGAAUUUUGUCAAAUGCCUUCUCUGCGUCAAUUGAGAUAAUCAUGUGGUUUUUGUUUUUGGUUCUGUUUAUGUGGUGAAUUACGUUGAUAGACUUGCGUAUGUUGAACCAGCCUUGCAUCCCCGGGAUGAAUCCUACUUGAUCAUGAUGAAUAAGUUUUUUGAUUUGCUGUUGCAAUCGGCUUGCCAAUAUUUUAUUGAAGAUUUUUGCAUCUAUGUUCAUCAUGGAUAUUGGCCUGAAGUUUUCUUUUCUCGUUGGGUCUCUGCCAGGUUUUGGUAUCAGGAUGAUGUUGGUCUCAUAAAAUGAUUUGGGAAGGAUUCCCUCUUUUUGGAUUGUUUGAAAUAGUUUUAGAAGGAAUGGUACCAGCUCCUCCUUGUGUGUCUGGUAGAAUUCGGCUGUGAACCCGUCUGGACCUGGGCUUUUUUUGUGAGGUAGGCUCUUAAUUGCUGCCUCGACUUCAGACCUUGUUAUUGGUCUAUUCAUAGUUUCAGCUUCCUCCUGGUUUAGGCUUGGGAGGACACAGGAGUCCAGGAAUUUAUCCAUUUCUUCCAGGUUUACUAGUUUAUGCGCAUAUAGUUGUUUGUAAUAUUCUCUGAUGAUGGUUUGAAUUUCUGUGGAAUCUGUGGUGAUUUACCCUUUAUCAUUUUUUAUUGCAUCUAUUUGGUUGUUCUCUCUUUUAUUUUUAAUCAAUCUGGCUAGUGGUCUGUCUAUUUUGUUGAUCUUUUCAAAAAACCAGCUCUUGGAUUUAUUGAUUUUUUGAAGGGUUUUUCGUGUCUCAAUCUCCUUCAGCUCAGCUCUGAUCUUAGUAAUUUCUUGUCUUCUGCUGGGUUUUGAGUUUUUUUGAUCUUGCUCCUCUAGCUCUUUCAAUUUUGACGAUAGGGUGUCAAUUUUGGAUCUCUCCAUUCUCCUCAUAUGGGCACUUAUUGCUAUACACUUUCCUCUAGAGACUGCUUUAAAUGUGUCCCAGAGGUUCUGGCACGUUGUGUCUUCCUUCUCAUUGGUUUCGAAGAACUUCUUUAUUUCUGCCUUCAUUUCGUUGUUUACCCAGUCAACAUUCAAGAGCCAGUUGUUCAGUUUCCAUGAAGCUGUGCGGUUCUGGGUCGGUUUCUGAAUUCUGAGUUCUAACUUGAUUGCACUAUGGUCUGAGAGGCUGUUUGUUAUGAUUUCAGUUGUUUUGCAUUUGUUGAGCAGUGCUUUACUUCCAAUUAUGUGGUCAGUUUUAGAGUAGGUGUGAUGUGGUGCUGAGAAGAAUGUGUAUUCUGUGGAUUUGGGGUGGAGAGUUCUGUAAAUGUCCACCAGUUUUGCUUGCUCCAGGUCUGAGUUCAAGCCCUGGAUAUCCUUGUUUAUUUUCUGUCUGGUUGAUCUGUCUAGUAUUGACAGUGGAGUGUUAAAGUCUCCCACUAUUAUUGUGUGGGAGUCUAAGUCCUUUUGUAAGUCAUUAAGAACUUGCCUUAUGUAUCUGGGUGCUCCUGUGUUGGGUCCAUAUAUGUUUAGGAUCGUUAGCUCUUCUUGUUGUAUCGAUCCUUUUACCAUUAUGUAAUGGCCUUCUUUGUCUCUUUCGAUCUUUGUUGCUUUAAAGUCUAUUUUAUCAGAGAUGAGAAUUGCAACUCCUGCUUUUUUUUGCUUUCCAUUAGCUUGGUAAAUCUUCCUCCAUCCCUUUAUUUUGAGCCUUUGUGUAUCCUUGCAUGUGAGAUGGGUUUCCUGGAUACAGCACACUGAUGGGUUUUGGAUUUUUAUCCAAUUUGCCAGUCUGUGUCUUUUGAUGGGUGCAUUUAGUCCAUUUACAUUUAGGGUUAAUAUUGUUAUGUGUGAAUUUGAUACUGCCAUUUUGAUGCUAAGUGGCUGUUUUGCCUGUUAGUUGUUGUAGAUUCUUCAUUAUGUUGACGCUCUUUAGCAUUCAGUGUGAUUUUGGAAUGGCUGGUACUGAUUGAUCCUUUCUAUGUGUAGUGCCUCUUUUAGGAGCUCUUGUAAAGCAGGCCUGGUGGUGACAAAAUCUCUGAGUACUUGCUUGUUCGCAAAGGAUUUUAUUCUUCCUUCACUUCUGAAGCUCAGUUUGGCUGGAUAUGAAAUUCUGGGUUGAAAGUUCUUUUCUUUAAGAAUGUUGAAUAUUGGCCCCCACUCUCUUCUGGCUUGUAGUGUUUCUGCCGAGAGAUCUGCUGUGAGUCUGAUGGGCUUCCCUUUGUGGGUGACCCGACCUUUCUCUCUGGCUGCCCUUAGUAUUCUCUCCUUUAUUUCAACCCUUUUGAAUCUGACGAUUAUGUGCCUUGGGGUUGCUCUUCUUGCGGAAUAUCUCUGUGGUGUUCUCUGUAUUUCCUGCAAUUGAGUGUUGGCCUGUCUUGCUAGGUGGGGGAAAUUUUCCUGGAUGAUGUCCUGAAGAGUAUUUUCCAGCUUGGAUUCAUUCUCUUCGUCCCCUUCUGGUACACCUAUCAAACGUAGGUUAGGUCUUUUCACAUAGUCCCACAUUCCUUGGAGACUUUGUUCAUUCCUUUUUGCGCUUUUUUCUCUGAUCUUGGUUUCUCGUUUUAUUUCAUUAAGUUGGUCUUUGACUUCAGAUAUUCUUUCUUCGGCUUGGUCAAUUCGGCUAUUGAAACUUGUGUUUGCUUCGCGAAGUUCUCGUAUUGUGUUUUUCAGCUCCUUUAAUUCAUUCAUAUUCCUCUCUAAGGUAUCCAUUCUUGUUAUCAUUUCCUCGAAUCUUUUUUCAAAUCUUUUUUCAAGGUUCUUAGUUUCUUUGCAUUGAUUUAAUACAUGAUCUUUUAGCUCACAAAAG